AUCACAGACAAGCUUUUCACAUCUCUGCAACAGAGAAGCUGCCUUACAGUCCCUAAAGAAACCUAUUCAGACACAAAUCCAGAUCUUUCAUUCCUGCUCUGCUCCAAGGAUGAACUAUCAGUCAAUGCGGAAGGGCAUUAGCUGCCCACCUCAAGAUGCCAAUUGCACCAGAAUACUGGAAUCUUUAAGCACCUGGAAUGAUUCUUCAGAAGUCAGUUCUUAUAAACUGGUAGAGCUGCCGCCAAUUGUGACAACAGUAAGUUUGGAGACAUUAAUCCAUUGUACAGCGCUACGGAAUCUGAUGGCUAUAUAAAUAAUAAAAUAAUAACAGAGAAAUAUAUUAUUAGUAUUUAGAUAGAGCCAACUUAUUCCGCCGUGCCUUACAAUAUUAUAAAAGGGGGAAAUUUAACAAUAAAUGAGACAAUUACAAAAUGUUACAGGAAUGAAAGGUUGAUGAAGACCCAGCUCACACGAGCAGGGUUCUAUUAUUUUAGCAUUAAUAGAACAAAUUCAUGCUGUUUGGGAUAUACUAAAACUUUAUAGUCAAUAUAACAGAUUGGACUUUGAUGCAUAAAAGUUUAAACAACUCAACCUUUAAAAAAGACUUAACUCAAUUUCAUAAAUCAGCAUCUACGGGAGGAUAUUUUACAUUUUUUUAAGUGACACUGGCCAUUCUCUGAGUGGGCAUUAUCAGUAACACUGAAAGUAUUCUGGCUGUUUUGCACAAUCUAUAUGUUUCGCUUCAGAUCUUAGGACAGGAAUUCUAAUUUCAUCACAAGCUGAUAAUUCUCUGGUUUCAAUUCAUGAAAGAAUGAAGUUGGAAGUGUAUAAUCCAGUGUUGAUACUAAAGGUUUUUGCAUGUGGACAUUAUGUAUUUACUUAUUUUAAAAAGUGAGAAAAUUUGAUUAGAAUUUUAGUUAUAAAGCACAUUUUGAAAUCAAGGAUUUUGCAAGGGUUCAAAAAUGAGAUUUUUAUUUGAAAUCUCUGAAUUUAUUUACUAGCUGGAAUUAUACCAUAUAUGUGUGAAAUCAAUAUUGUUUCUUUAAUAUGGGGAUUACAGCAUUUACUCUUUAAUUAACCUCUUAUUCUCUGCAUUGAACACUGAAAACAAUUUGCAUGGAAUGUUUUAAAAUUUACAACAUGCAAUAAUUUGUCAUCUUUCUUUGAAGGAGAACGGACUAUGAAAGUAUCAUAAUGUUUAGCCAUGUAAAAAAGUAAAUGGCCGUCGCUGUUAAAUAAUAUUAAAUAAUGCAAUUAUGGGUAAAAUAAAUGACAUCUAGUCCAAGAUCUAUCUAUCUAUCUCUCUAUCUCUCUAUCUAUCUAUCUAUCUUUCUAUCUAUCUAUCUAUCUAUCUAUCUAUCUAUCUUUCCAUCUCUCUAUCUCUCUAUCUAUCUAUCUAUCUAUCCAUCUAUCUAUCUAUCUUUCCAUCUCUCUCUCUCUCUCUCUCUCUCUAUCUAUCUAUCUAUCUAUCUCUCUAUCUAUCUAUCUAUCUUUCCAUCUCUCUCUCUCUAUCUAUCUAUCUAUCUAUCUUUCCAUCUCUCUCUCUCUCUCUCUCUCUCUCUCUCUCUCUAUCUAUCUAUCAUCUAUCUAUCUAUCUAUCUAUCUUUCCAUCUCUCUAUCUAUCUAUCUCUCUCUCUCUAUCUAUCUAUCUAUCUAUCUAUAUUUAUCUGUCUAUCAAUCCAUAUGGGGUAUACCCAGAACCUCUGCAUGAUGCCACUCAGGUCUAAACAUCUUCCAUGCGACCUAUAAUACAGUUUAGAUGUUUAGUACACAAUUAAAUAUCUAAUAUCGGGUGGUUGUUUGGUUUGGAACAUCUGCAGUUUAAAGAGACACUCCACUAUCCAAAUACAAAACUAAAAUCAUUAUUUACUAGAUAUUCCCCCAAUAAAAACAUUCAUGCAUUUAUUUAUGCAUUUUUCUCAUUAGUGUAUAUAUAUAGAUCUCUUGUCUGUAGCCUUUUGGAAGCCCAUACUUACUGUGGCUGUCCAAUCACAGACUUCCCAAUGCAGCUCAAUGAGAAGUCUUUGCAAAGCAGGUGCUCUGGGUAAUUGCUGCCUCUUGAGUUUAGCUCCACUGAGCUAACCAAACCAGGAAGUAACAGGACCGGUUAUCUGAUUGACAGCCAGUGGGCUGUAAUAAGGUCAAUUUGCAAAAAUGAAACCUGUACUUUUUUUGUAAAAUGAAAAAAUAGCGGACACUCAGCUAAAGUUCUUUAGGUGUUUAGAAUGUUCCUUCAAAAGAUUUGCCUCUAGAUUUCAGCAACAUGUUUGAAUAUGUCCAGCCCAGUCUAGGAUUGAUAGGAGAGCCGGUUUUGGUUAUCAGGAAGAAAAAUCCAUGCUAGCAGAGUCUUUAAUACAUUAAACCAAUAGCAAUUCAUGUUGUCACAGUGUAGUCCUGAAGGAAGCAAUGCCAUUGGGAAAGAUUACGAGUACUGUUGCUUCUGUAGAGUUUCAUGUUGGAGUAGAGAUUCUAAGAUAUUUUUAGAUUUAACUGGUUAAUUGCUGCAUUAUAAUGAUAGCAUGGAGUGUUACUGGUCUUUGGGGGGGGGUUAAUGAACCCCUUAAAAGAACCAAUGACAAAUAUUUUUACCAUCAUAAUAAUCUGGUCAUUGAAGACCCUAUCCCAGCAUGGGACAUCCUUGUUAUUAAGCGGAUGCAGCUCUCUACAGCAAUGCUGUCAAAUUCCCCUAUGAAAACAGUGCUUGAAGUUUUUAAGAUGGCAUAGACCAGGCUCUGAAGAUCUGGAAUACAUCUCCCAUGAUGCCCAUAGAGCCGUAUUGCUGGCAGAGCAUCAGUUGAGAUGUAGUCCACAACUUCUGGAUUGCUGAAGGUUGCUUAGCCCUGGUCAUUAAGUGGUUAAUAGUAUAUCAUCUUGUGAAAUACAAUGCUGGAAUAUAAAAUAUAUAGAAUACUGAAGAUAAAGAAUUGCUUCAGGUUUUGUUAAAUGUUCAGGGCUAGUGUUCUAUCAAAAAAACCCUACCCCAUGAAAAUUCCCUACCACCGUCACUUCCAGUGACACGGCCACACCACAAGUUAGCUGUAGGACGGAAUACCUGUGUGGGGCAUGGUAUUCUCAUGGUGUGCAGUGCGCUUGCAGAGUGCCCAGGAAUAUUGCGAGUGCAGGGGGCCUAUGCUAUUGAAGUCACAAAAGCACAUAUGCAGUAUUAGGGUCAGUGGUGUAUCCUGAUUUUGUGCUGCCCUAGGCAGGACAAAACUCAGGCGCCCCGCGCCAGCCCCCCCCCAAGCCUUCUAAAUACACACACACACACAUUCACUGACAGAUACGCAUACACUCGCUAACAGAAACACACACACACACACACUAACAGACACACUCACACUCAUUAACAGACACACACUCACUGACACACACACUCACAGGCAAACACACUCACACUAACAGACACACUCACACUAACAAACACACACACAUUAACAGACACACACUCACUGACACACACACUCACAGGCAAACACACUCACACUAACAGACACACACACACUAACAGACACACACUCACAGGCAAACACACACUCACCAGUGGCUGCUGGGCUGGGCGGGCGGGUGGGCGGCUGGUGAGGGAGCACUUCCUCUGAGCUGACUGCUCAGCUCCCUCGUGCGCCGCAGAGUGAGGCUGGGAGCCUGGUUGAUGAUGUCAUAUUCCGGCUCCCAGCCUCACUCUGCGGCGCGCGAGGGAGCUGAGCAGACCGCUCAGAGGAAGUGCUCCCUCGCCAGCCGCCCGCCCAGCGCCUCCCGCCAGCCCAGCGCCCGGCCGGUCUGUUAGCUGCGAGGCUAACUUGGCAUUUGCCCUGGGCAUUUGUGGGGCGGCGUUUUUUGCCGCCCCCUGGAAAAUGCCGCCCAAGGCAAAUGCCUUGUUUGCCUCGUGGCUAAAACGCCCCUGAUUAGGGUAGGGUAUUUCAUGGUAGUAAUGCGCAUGCGCCAGAAACAGCGGUGUAAUACGCAUGCUCGGUGCCACUGCGCAGCUGAUUCUGGCACAUGCACACUACUGCCGUGAAAAUACCCUACCCUAAUACUGCGCAUGUGCAGUUCCACAUCAUAAUGACAUGCCUCCCUCCUUUAUUUAGCAUUUUUACUUCUGUUAACUCUUUGAGUUUAUUUGAAAAUAAAUAAUUCAAAGAAAUGACAGCACACAAACCAUUUAACAAGGGGUACACUGAGCAGAAAUGUCGUUCAACAUCCACUCCUUGCGUCCAUGUUAGAUAAUUGCUUUUGGGAUAAGUCUCUAGAAAUGCAAUCAGCAUCUAUUUUGUAAAUACACAAAGUUUGACUUGCUAAUGGUAAUAGAGAUUACAAUCUAUUUCAUGGGCAAUUAUUUUACAAUUCAGAGUAAAAUCGGGCAGUUAUUUAAAUAACGAUUCAAGUUGAUUGUUAUAUAUUUAAUAAGUCAAUAAUGCAUUUGGCAAAAUAUGAAACUCCAUAAAAAAUUUGUAUUGUUGAUUUAAAAUAUAAAAUCAUAUAUCAUUAAAAAAAACCUACUUCAAAGAUGAACUCCUAAUUAUGAAAGUGAUUAAAAAUGAGCGAUUGCUUUUAUAAUUUCUUUACAGAUUCUUAUAAUUUUUUUGCAUGCUCUGUGCAAAUCAUGCGAGUUAGUUAACCCCUACAGUGCCGAACACAUGACGCAUGCGUAUAUACAACAGAGCAUGAGAAAAUGUGUGGUGUGCAUGUGUUUAUGCAGAAUUUUCUAUGUAAAGGCACAAGCAUGAAUGGCCGUGCUCAAUGGAUCAUGGGAUUGUGGUUUUCCUUGCAAAAGUGUUUACUGGGAUGUAGGAUUAAGAACUUUCCUGUUUAAAUGUUAAGAAAUAAAAUGAAUUAAAAACCCAUGCAGUGCAGACAUCCACGUCAUUUUGUUCUGUUUUCUUCUUAUCUCAUGUGAUCUGAGUGUAGGUUUAUGCAAUAAUAUCAGGAAACGAUUUAACUGAGGACACAUUUAACCAGGUUUCAAGAGUAUUGAGAAACGCAGAAUGCCCAAUAUGAUGUUGGCUUUCUAUUGAUCUUGGCAUUCCUUCCUCGUCCCUUCUGCGCAUUAAAUACGAUGAUCGCGAAAAGUUCUUCUCAUGGGAAAGCAUUGACUAAUACUUCUCUCUGGACGCUCUAACUUGAAGGAUUGUUCUAAGGGAGUGUCCAAAGAAGGACUCCUGACUGUCAGCUUGGCUCCCAAAUUAAUUUAUAAAAGUGUCAAUAGUUCAUGAAAUUGUAAGUUUGGUGGACAGGGACAAAGUAGAAACGGACACUAAAAUAACCCAGGGCACUUCAUCUGGUCUGGGUACGUUGGUCCUUUAGGUUUAACCCUGCAAUGUAAAACUGCGUUUUUGUGUUUUUUUAGAAUUGCAAUGUGUAUAAUCCACCUCCACUGCCUGUUACACUAACAGUAGCUGGAGAUACUUCUCGGCACUGAUCUUGUAAAACUCGGUCACAUGACAUGGAAGCACCUGUGGAGAAGCAUCGAUUUGACGUACUCAGCGAACAUUGCUUCUCUUUGGAUUGGACCAUCACCGAUAACGCCAUGCCUCCUCAAUUAUAGAAAAAAUACUUUUUUUAAUUAAGUAAACUUAUUUUAAGUAUUUUAUUACACACGGAGGGGAAACCUCUAUAGGUACAGGUACAAUGACACUAUAGUGCUAGGAAUGCUGGUUUGUAUUAUUGGCCAACCCAUCCAUAGGUCCUGAUGGGACCAUGACUCCAGGCGGAACUAUGACAUGGGCGGCAUUUUGCCGACUCUUAGUGAUAUACCUCGUAUUUCCUUAUCAGUCCCUCUGCCUGGGCAGGCUUGGAGGCCACCCAAAAUUCUAAAAAUCAGGGAUGUCAGAAAGGGGAGGCUGAGAUGGGUUGCCAGGGACUCGGGAUUUGGCUCACGUUUCCCACUGAAGUUCCAGCACUCUGACAUUACUUGCAGUGCAUGUCGGAACUUCAACGGUCACUUUAACUUGCAGUUAUUUGCGUCAGGGACAGGGCUUUGAGCUGCUGCCUAGUUGGAUAAGCAGAAUUACCCUCCAUGUCCUGGUAUGUAUGUGCUGCAGCAGGCAUCCACAUGGCAGCACAGUAAGCAGGGCACAGAUCUCGGAGCAGGGCAGGAGUAAGGACUGAGCCAGCAGGUGAAAAGCGAAGCCGCUAGGAGUCACACUGCAUUCCCAGCACACACACAGACACACUGCAUCCUCAGCACACACACUGAAAAAACUGCAUCCCAAGCACACAGUCAACACUACAUCCCCAGCACCAGGGCCGUCUUUAAUAUUGACCGGACACUGGGCAACCAUUUGCUUGGGGCCCCUGGACUCUGCCCCCUGCCAGACAUACUAACACACAUACACAGAGACAUACACUGACAGACAUACUGACACACACGCUGACACACACACUGACAGACACAUAUUGACAGACAUACUGACACACACACAGAAACAUACACUACAGACAUACUGACAUAUGUAGACACAUAUACUGACACACAUACACAAAGACAUACAAUGACAGACAUACUGACACACAUACAGACACAUACAAUAACAGACAUACUGACAUAUACAGACACAUACAAUAACAGACAUACUGAUAUACACAGACAGACAUACUGACACAAGCACAGACACAUACACUAACAGACAUACUGACAAACAUACACUGACAGACAUACUGACAAACAUACACUGAAAGACAUACUGACACAAACACAGACAGACAUACUGACACAAACACAUACACUGACAGACAUACUGACAAACAUACACUAAAAUACAUACUGACAAACAUACACUAAAAGACAUACUGACACAAACACAGACAGACAUACUGACAUAAACAUACACUGACAUACAUACUGACAAACAUACACUGAAAUACAUACUGACACAAACACAGACAGACAUACUGACAUAAACAUACACUGACAGACAUACUGACAAACAUACACUAAAAGACAUACUGACACAAACACAGACAGACAUACUGACAUAAACAUACACUGACAGACAUACUGACAAACAUACACUGAAAGACAUACUGACACAAACACAGACAGACAUACUGACAUAAACAUAUACACUGACAGACAUACUGACAUAAACAUAUACUGACAGACAUACUGACACAAACAGACAGACAUACUGACAUAAACAUACACUGACAGACAUACUGACAAACAUACACUGAAAGACAUACUGACACAAACACAGACAGACAUACUGACAUAAACAUAUACUGACAGACAUAUUGACAAACAUACACUAAAAGACAUACUGACACAAACAGACAGACAUACUGACAUAAACAUACACUGACAUACAUACUGACACAAACAUAUACACUGACAGACAUACUGACAAACAUACACUGAAAGACAUACUGACACAAACACAGACAGACAUACUGACAUAAACAUAUACUGACAGACAUACUGACAAACAUACACUAAAAGACAUACUGACACAAACAGACAGACAUACUGACAUAAACAUACACUGACAUACAUACUGACACAAACACAUACACUGACAGACAUACUGACAUAAACAUACACUGACAGACAUACUGACAAACAUACACUGACAGACAUACUGACAAACAUACACUGAAAGACAUACUGACACAAACACAGACAGACAUACUGACAUAAACAUACACUGACAUACAUACUGACACAAACACAUACACUGACAGACAUACUGACAUAAACAUACACUGACAGACAUACUGACAAACAUACACUGACAGACAUACUGACACAGACACUGACAGACAUACUGACAUAAACAUACACUGACAGACAUACUGACACAAACACAUACACUGACAGACAUACUGACAAACAUACACUGAAAGACAUACUGACACAAACACAGACAGACAUACUGACAUAAACAUACACUGACAGACAUACUGACACAAACACAGACACUGACAUAAACAUACACUGACAGACAUACUGACAAACAUACACUGACAGACAUACUGACAAACAUACACUGAAAGACAUACUGACACAAACACAGACAGACAUACUGACAUAAACAUACACUGACAUACAUACUGACACAAACACAUACACUGACAGACAUACUGACAAACAUACACUGAAAGACAUACUGACACAAACACAGACAGACAUAUUGACAUAAACAUACACUGACAUACAUACUGACACAAACACAUACACUGACAGACAUACUGACAUAAACAUACACUGACAGACAUACUGACAAACAUACACUGACAGACAUACUGACACAGACACUGACAGACAUACUGACACAAACACAUACACUGACAGACAUACUGACAAACAUACACUGAAAGACAUACUGACACAAACACAGGCAGACAUACUGACAUAAACAUACACUGACAGACAUACUGACAAACAUACACUGAAAGACAUACUGAUACAAACACAGACAGACAUACUGACAUAAACAUACACUGACAGACAUACUGACACAAACACAGACACUGACAGACAUACUGACAUAAACAUACACUGACAGACAUACACUGACAGACAUACUGACACAAACACAGACACUGACAGACAUACUGACAUAAACAUACACUGACAGACAUACACUGAAAGACAUACUGACACAAACACAGACAGACAUACUGACAUAAACAUACACUGACAGACAUACUGACACAGACACUGACAGACAUACUGACAUAAACAUACACUGACAGACAUACUGACACAAACACAUACACUGACAGACAUACUGACAUAAACAUACACUGACAGACAUACUGACACAAACACAGACACAGAUAGACAUACUGACAUAAACAUACACUGACAGACAUACUGACAAACAUACACUGACAGACAUACUGACACAAACAUACACUGACAGACAUACUGACACAAACACAGACACAGACAGACAUACUGACAUAAAUUUACACUUUUAACCCCACCCACAAGUUUCCUACCUUGGAAGGUGGUUCCCCAGGUGUCCAGACUGAAGGCUGUUGGGAUCUGCCUCUCCUGGCAAGGGUCCCUCCUUCGUCUCCCGCGCGGCUCCUCUCCUUAGUGGGAGGAAGUGACUCGCAGCCGUCACUUCCUCCCAGCGCUGCCGAAAAGCAAAGGGCCCGGUCGCGCUGUUAAAGUGCUACAGUGUGUGACCGGGCCCCUGCUUACAAUACCCACCCGGUGGCCUGCUUAAUGUGGGGGCCGGUGGCCCCAUGGGAGAAACAAUUGUUGAGGGCAGCGGGGCCCACGGGGAAGCUGCCUUGGGCCCCCCAAGAGUAACUGGGCCCGGGGCAGCUGCCCCGUUUGCCCCGCGUUAAAGACGGCCCUGCCCAGCACACACAAACACAUACUGUAUCCCAAGCACACACGAUGACACACUGCAUCACAGAGCACACACAGACACACACUACAUAUCCAGCACACACAAACAGAUACACACUGAAUCCCCAGAACACAAUCACAUAUUUCAUCCCCAGUACACACAAACACACACAGAUACACACUGCAUUUCCAGCACACAUAGACACACUCCAUCCCCAGCACACACAGAUGCACUUUAUUAUCAGCACACACAGAUACACUGCAUCCCCAGUACACACACAGACACACUUCCUCCCCAAAACACACACAAACACACUUCCUCCCCAGCACACACAGAUCCAUACUGCAUCCCCAGCAAACACUCAGACACACUGCAUCCCUGGCACAAACAGACACACACUGCAUCCCCAGCACACACAGACACACUUCAUCCCCAGCACACACACACACACUUCAACCUAACACACACAGACACACUACAUCCCUAGCACCCACAGACAAACUACAUGCCUAGCACACACAGACACACACUGCAUUCCCAGCACACAGAUACAGACUGUAUCGCAGCACACACACAGAAACACUGCGCAUUAUCUGCACACAUAUUUUAACGACAGAAUAGUCUAAAUAAGACUGUGGCCAUUUCUGAAUCUUGUUGCUACUAUUUAGUGUUCCCCCGCUUUUUGUUACCAUGCCUGACACUUCUUUUAAAGAGCAGUGACUGUUUAGUGACUGCGAAAUAUGGAGGACCGCACCCAUCCACACACAGGUCCUCUAUAGCAAGUGUCAUGAAAAUUAUUUAAAUUGUAGGAGAUGUGCUUAGAGAAGAUGGGCAGCGAUGAAAUUAAUUUUGAAAUUCAAAAUGUUAGGAACUGUAAAAAGUGGGGAUUUAAAUACAGUAUUGCCAUACACUGAUCACCCAAAGCAAUAAAAAAAACCGCCUAAUGUUGUGUAGGUCCCCUUCACGCAACCAAAAGAGCUCUGAUGCAUCAAGGCAUGGACUCCACAAGACAUCUGAACUAUGGUAAGUGGCACCAAAGCAUUGGCAGCAGAUCCUUUAAGUCCUGCAAGUUGUGAGGUGGGGCCUCCAAGGAAUCAGAUUUUCUUGUCCCAGCACAUCCCACAGAUGCUCAAUUGGAUUGAGAUCUUGGGAAUUUGGAGGUCACGGAAACACCUUGAACUCUUUGACGUGUUCCUCAAACCAUUCCUGAACUAUUUUUGCAGUGUGGCAGGGUGCAUUAUCCUGCUGAAAGAGGUCACAGCCAUCAUCAUCAGAGAACAACAUUGCCAUAAAUCUCUAGAUAGGUGGUACGUAUCAAAGUAACAUCCACAUGAAAGCCAGGACCCAAGGUUUCCUAGUAGAACAGGGAAUUUUGUGUUGGUUCAUAUAUGUUUUAGGAGGACUGUUAGUGUUCUCUAAGACUGGAGAUUUUAUACUUGAAGAUUGAUUGGUUUUUGUGAAUAUUUAGUUUUUUUUCCUGAUGUUAUAUGUAUCUGUAAGGAUUUAAAUAUUUGAGCCUGAGUACUCUCUGUUUGUGUUUGUGUAAGCUGAUACGAUUGAUGAUAAUUUGUAGCCGCUACAACCUACAGGCUGUUGUUCAUAGUAAAAUAUUGUGACUGCCUUUACCAACAAGAUUGUAAACAAGCCGUUAGUUUACAGAAGAGACACAGUGCUCUCCUUAUACAGCUCAUUAGAAAAGAACGGCACAUGAAGCAGAGACAACGAUGCUCUUGUAUCAUAACCUAUACAAUGAACUUUGAUAGUUAUGGUGUCCCUUUAAAGUGGAUUUCCUAUUUGACCUGUGGGUGACAAUAUCAUUAUCAGGUAAGUUUACAUUUAAACUACUUACUGUGCAGCUAAAAUUGCCAACAAAUGUAUACAAUCCUUCCCAAAAGUCAGCAAAAAGUUUAGUUGCUAUUAAUUGGGACUAGCACUAGUUUGGCAGAAACCCCAUUAAUCACCGCAUGUGAUAAUCAGCGGUAGCACAAACCUAAGAUCAUGAAUUGGAUAAAAAGAAAGCCAGUUAUUUUUUUGCAAGACUACAUUUUUUUUUUUUUGUAUUAACUGGUUCCAUCAACCUGCAAUUUUGAAGGUGAUAUAUAUAUAAAAAAGGCAGUGGUUUCUCCAUUAACUACAAAUUUGUAGCCUAUUUUUCAUACAAAAUGCACAUUUUAACGCAACACUCCAAGAAUCAUAAUCACUACAGUGUGUCUCUCCCCUCUUCACUACUUCAACAGAGAUCUACAAGAUCUUCAUCUGAGCUAAGCUUGGCAGUGCAGGACUUUGCUCAUUGGCUAAGAGUGAUCAGCUGACACUGGGAUUUAACUCAUUGACUGAAAGUGAUCAGCUGACACUCCCAGCCAAUGAGCUACUCCUGCACUGCAGAGCUUAUCUCAGUAGAGCUAACAGAAGUUCCUAAGCAGAAACUUUUGGCUCAUUGUUGGCAAGGAGUUACACUCGUUGACUCCAGGUAAAAAGUCACAAUGUUGUGAAGCAGUAUGACUACUUACAACGCUGUGCCUCCAGGCCACUCCUGGCACCAUAACCACUACAACAUGCUGUAGUGCAUAUGGUGCAUGGAGUGUUCCUUUAAGGUGGUAGCUUCACAACAAUCAAUAUCUUUAUACUAUUUCAAUUAGUACAAUAAAUGUGAACAUGACUUGUAAAUCAGCAAUACAGUUAGCACAAAGCAUUCCCAGAGGUUUUAAAGUUUCAGCGAGCUCAGAAGAAGUCACAUUGGAAACAUUCAAACUUGAAACCAAUUAACUGCUUUUGUAAUAAUUUAAUGAGCUGAGAUUUGCCCUACGAUUCUAUUGCAAAGAAAAGUUUAAUGUUAUGGCAGCAAGAGAACAGAGUUAAAUAUUUUCUUAUCUGAUGGAAGAUUAAUUAGUUUGUUACUAAAACAUGUAUCUAGACGGCCUGACCUACUGUGUCCACCAUUGAGCAGAGCAGAGCUCGUUCAAAUGUCAAUAUCAUUCUUUUUUGUAAAUAAAGUCCAAUAAGCACUAAUAUUAUUGUUCCAUAUUUUUAUGUUAUAUUUGAGUCGUAUCGUAAGAAAGAAAAAUAAUUAAGGAUAUUUUAUGUUUUUUUGUUUAUAUGUGUCUGUGAUUUAGGCAAGUCUGUCUUACUUCGUUGCCAACUGUCCCAUUUUUGCCGGGACUGUCCCGGCAAGCUGGAGUCUGUCCCAGGCAAUUCACUCUCCCGGGACAGUCCCGGCAACUUGCUGGGCCAUGUGCUUUUAUUAUGUUCCCUCGGACUAUAACAGCCUGUUACAGUCUGAGGGACUUCAGGACAAAACUGCUGAGAGAUGCUGGGGGCUGCAAUGAGGCUGCUGGGGGUGGGAGGAAGCACUAACAGUCUCCCUUCCGAAUUCCCAGUUCUCCGGCACACAGGCUCUUGCUCUACCUCGGGUGAGCAGGCUCCACCCCAUACGAUGCAAGCUUCAUCCAUGCAUGCAAGCCCUGCCUCCCUUCACGCAGCUCUGCCCCCACCAUUAAGCAGCAGACCUUGCUGCAGUUGGAAGAGGCCAGAAAAUGUCUACCUGACCUCCAGUCAGUGCAAGGUAAGCUUGAUUUAGUCAGGUGCGAGUGUGUGUUAGUAAGAAAGCUUGUGCGUGCCAGUGAGCUUGUGUGUAGUGAGCUUGUAUGUAGUGAGCUUGUGUGUGUGUCAGUGCCCAGGCCGACAGAGAAGACCUGCUUUCUUGCUAUGGGCCCUCUUGGGCCGUGAGGAGAUCAAAGAUCUCCCGCACUGGCCCAAGGGCCUUCGUUAGUGACAGGGAGGGCUGGAGGACCUGGGAGGCAGAGCGUUCCUCCCGCGAGCAUGCUGUGCAGAGCGUUGCCGCAUGUUACCAUGGCAAUGCUCCGACACAGCAUUCUGUACGCGGGAGGAGUGAAGACAGCCUGCAGAGGAGCUGCAGACUAUAGACAACUCAUUACCACUGGACCACCAUGGCACAGCACCCCUCACACACACAGUACCCUCACACACAGCACCUCUGACACACAUACACAACACCCCUCACACACACUCAGCACCCCUCACACACACUCACCACCCCUCAUACACUGCACCGCUAACGCACACACUCUGCACCCCUCACACAUACACAGCACCUGUCACACACAGCACCACUCAAACACACACUGCACCCCCCCCACACACACACACACACAGCACACACACAGCACUCCUAACACAAAACACCUCUCACACACAAAGCACCCUCACACACACAUAGCACCUCUGACACAUACGUUAGCACCUCUCACACAUACACAGCACCCCUCAACACACAAAGCACCCCUGACACAAAACACUCCUCACACACACACACACAUCACCCCUCACACAUACACUGCACCCCUCACACGCACACACUGCACCCCUCACACACAGCAUCCCUACACACAAACACACAGAGCAUUCCUACGCACCCCUCACAAAUAGCACCACUAUACACAAACACAUGCACUGCACAUCUCACUGCAGUCUGUGUGUAUUCAGCAGUCUCUUUGUGUAUUCAGCAGUCUGUAUGUAUUCAGCAGUCUGUGUGUGUGUAUAAAGCAGCCUGUGUGCGUUCAGCAAUGUGUGUGUUCAGCAGUCUGUGUGUGUGUAUUCAGCAGUCUGUUUGCAUUUAUCAGCUUCUCAGUGUGUGUUCAGCAGUGUGUGUGUAUUCAGCAGUCUCUGUGUGUGUGUUCAGCAGUCUGCAAGUGUGUAUUCAGCAUUCUGUAUGUAUUCAGUAGUCUGUGUGCGUGUAUAAAGCAGCCUGUGUGCGUUCAGCAGUAUGUGUAUGUAUUCAGCAUUCUGUGUAUAUACAGCAGUCUGUGUGUGUGUAUUCAGCUGUCUCUGUGUGUGUUUUUUGUGGUGUAUUCAGUGUACUGUGUGUACUCAGCAGUCUGUUUGUGUGCACUCAGCAGCCUGUUUGUGUGUACUCAACAGUCUGUGUGUGUGUAUUUAGCAGUCUCUGUGUGUGUAUUCAGCAGUCUGUGUGUGUGUAUUUAGCAGUCUCUAUGUGUGUUUGUUGUGUGUGUAUUUAGUGUACUGUGUGUAUGUAGUUUGCAUUCUGUCUGUGUGUACACAGCAGUGUUUCUGUGUGUAUUCAGCAAUCGGUGUGUGUGUAUUCAGCAGUCUGUGUGUAUGUAUUGUAUGUACGUAUUGCAUUUGUUGGAGGUACCAAUAAAUAUAAACUUAAUUUUUAUUGAUAAUUGAAUAUUUUAUUCCUGUGAAUUGUUGUGUAGGAAGGGCCCCAGUACACUACUUUGCCCAGGGGCCCAUAACACUGUUAAGAUGGCACUGCUUCUGUAGUGAGCUUGUGUGUGUCACUGAGCUUGUCUGUAGUGAGCGUGUGUGUGUCAGUAAGCUUGUAUUUAGUGGGCGUGUGUGUGUCAGUAAGCUUGUAUUUAGUGAGCUUGUGUGUGUCAGUGAGCUUGUCUGUAGUAAGCUUCUGUGUGUCACUGAGCUUGUCUGUAGUGAGCCUUGUGUGUCUAUACACAUGAGUUUAAAAUUACCAUCUCAAUUCCCUGUAAUUCUCUCUUUAUUGAGUAGACUCUGUAAUUUGCACUGUGAUAAGUAGGCGGAUAUUAAUUAUGUGGGUUGGACGUAGUGAGCGGAGCUUUGCGACAGUGGGUGUGGUACAUUUUCAAGGUACAGUAGUAAUUGGUGGCUGUGCUGCAAAGUGUCCAUGGAAUUAUUUUUUAAAUGUUGGCAGCUAAUUCUGCUUAUUGAUAUUUUCUAUUUUUGUAAUGGUUUGGGGUGAAUUGGCUCGGUAUGCAGAGGAAGGACAAGAACUGGGAAGCAAAAGGAAAGUAUUAACAGGAUAAUACAGGCAGGACCAGCACACAGAUAGUCUUUAGCAGGUAAUCAAGUAGUUAAAGGUUAAGCAGGCAAUCUAGGCAGGAUCAGGCAGACUGAGGUUGACCAGGGGUCCAGGCAGGCAGAGGUUAACCAGGCAAUACAGGACAGGAUGAGGCAUGCAAAAUAAUAAUCAGGGAUCCAGGCAGGAUCCGGCAGGCUGAGGUUAACCAAGGCAGGUUCAAGCAGGGCAAGGUUAACCAGACAAGUGAGAGUUAAUUCAGAUAUGAGGCAAAGGAGGCUUGUAACCUCUAGGACUUCACAAGACAACUGUGCAAAGAACACAGGGUGGUCUGGGUUUAAAUAAGGGAGAGGGAAUAUGGGCCUUCCCACAAGGAGGGGCAGAUGGGCCUAUUUAAGUGAAUGGCCCCAUUUAGGUGAGUAGAGGUCCAUGCUCCCUAUGUGGGUGGGACACUAUGCCUGUCUGCCCACUCAACCAGUUGUUUCCCACACUGCUCCCAAAUAUACUGGGUUAGAUCCUCCAGAUUUUAACACUCUGAGGGGAUCCUGGAGCACUGUAGCUCCCCUCCUUCGGCUGACGUUGGUGGGGGAGGAGUGAAGGUGUACCGAGCCAGAACCAAGGGACAUCGUUGCUGGACCCAGGUCAGUGACAGAAGGGGUUUAUAACCCCUUCUGCACCACGAGGGGGGCCGUGAGAGAAGGUAAAGCUAUAGUGCUAGGAAAACAAGAAUGUUUUCCUUCCACUAUAGUUUUCCUUUAAUAAAAUAAAAGGAACAGAUCAGGUCUGUGAGUUUAUAGUGUAGUGUUGGCACUACUUGUGUAUAGAAUGUUAGUAAUAGGACUCAAGAGAUCACACUUUAAAAGGAAGUAAGGAGGCUGAGAAAAAUGGUAACAGAGUAGAAGGGUAUUAAAUAAUCUCCGCUUCUUUCAAUCUCCUGUACGGAAGACUCCAUGAAACCCUGUGACCAAUAGUAUCUUACAACUUAAAUACAAAUGGUGCACUGAAAUGAAUACCUAUAUAUUUCUAUAUUAUAAAUAUAAUCUGUAAAACUGAUUAUUCAAAGUGACUGGGUUUAUGUUGCUAAAAUCAAAAUGCAGCUUGCAUGAACAUUCAUUCUCACCAAGUGUGGGGUAACGUCAAUUGUCAUUGCUUUGGUUACAGUGGCCAAAGCAAUAUUGGGUAAGUAGUCAGCAGAUUUGUGCAUAGUGUUGGUGGGAUGGUUUGAAUAGGUUUUUUAAGUUGUUAGAAGGUCUCAGAUGGGGGUGGGGCCUGACCACGGAGCAGAGCAGAUGCAUGCUGCUGCAGCUCCUGCUUCUGGUAGCAAAUUUUACAGAUUAUCGAUGAAACAAAGCAAUUCCAGACCCAAUACCUGUUACAGGGUGACAAGGGGCAGCAUGCUCUAUGUACCAGUACCAAACAUGCGGCCUACAAACCUGGCUGGAGUGGGAGAGACGGCCGCCCUCCCGCCGAGGCGCGCAGCAGUGCUGACAAGCAAGGAACCCUGUUCCCACCCCUAUGGACCGGCAGGGGUUAUCCCGGUCCCCAGCGACCUGAUAGAUGCUCCUUCAUUGACGUCCACUGCCCACGAUGGUCUGCGACCCGAACAAGGUGGGCCUAGCAACAAGUCCCCAUUACCUCUGGCACAUGUGGUCCCCGACAGGACGAUGGUGGAGUGCUCCCUCUGACGUCUCAACGAGAUAUUCCAGCGAUUCUGGGACCAGCUGGAACAAUGUCUGGUACCACAGUCGCCUAUUAUCGCAACGGAGGUGUGGAGGGAUGGUGACUGAGGGCCAAGCCGGCCUCUCUCGGGCAGAAUCCUGCACAGAGCACAAGCCUGCCUAUGUGGCCCGAAGGCCAUGCGGAGGAUAACUCCACGGAAUCGCCCAUGACGCCAGAAGACCACCUGCCACUGGCAGCGGCAGAACAUCAGGGUCUUCCACAACUCUCCCAAAGGGAAAGACCCGGCCGCACAGUGUACCCGAGUCUGUGGAUCAUGGAUGCGGCCCUUCCUACAGGCCUGGGGCUUGAGAGGGGACAUUGCCUUAUGGAUCCUCCAUACCGCCGCUGUUUCACUGCCUAGUCUAGGCAUUGGCUGACUGUGGACAUGGUACGGGCAUUACCAGCUGCUGCUUUUACUGCAUAGCGGAGUAACGGCUGCCAACCAUUGCUUCCCUCAUACAUGUGGACACUCCAAGUACUCUUAUCGUAUUAUUUUUGCUUUAAACAGUAGUUUAAGUUCACUUGCGAAGCUUUACAUGUGCAGAAAGGGUUACAGUUUGUUGGGUCUUAGGGGCCUAUUUAACCUGCAUUGUAUAUUUAUCUCCCACACCAAGUAUUAUAAGACUGAUUUACUAUUUACUGCACAGAACUCCCCUGCUUAUAAUACACACGAGAUGAGCAACUAUAGUUUCAGAUAGCAUUGCGGGUAGAGUACAGUCUGCUGAUCUGAUAUGCUGCGCAGACGGGCCAGAUCGUGUGGCACUAAGGAUGCUUAGCAGUGGUGGAAUUCAUUUAUCUCAGAGCACAGUGUUAGUUAGGCAUGACAGGCUCCACGUACACAGGCUUCAUAACAUACUUGUUACCACUUUGCUUUCGCACUUUCUGGUUAUUAGCAGGUAUUGGGAAGUCCUGCUGGUUCACUGCUGCCGUACAUUUAGUUAUUUUAGAGAGCACCUACACCUGUUUUUUCUAUUCAUAACAUACUUGUCUGUUUCUCAGACCUCGAUAAGCCGGGUACUAAAGUUAGACCUGGAAACCUAACAAGUAAUUUCGUUUACACUGCUGCAGAUUGUCAUAUCUAACCUGAUUUAUCUUGUCCUUAAUACCUAUUAUCACAAGCAUGUAACAAUAUAUAUACUACGCCAGUACUCCUACUAACGCCUAACAUACCGUAUUCCUACUGGCAACUAUUUUAUUUUAUUUUAUCGCGCACUCACAUUCAGGCACUUAUACAUGCCAGUUACUCCGCUAUUGUUUAGCGUAAAUUGUCUCGCCAGGCAUAUUUGUUGUUAUCAAAAUUAUUUCUACACAAUAAUGUGCUGUAUACUUAACUGCCCUUUACCAACUUAUCCAACUGUGUAUACAACUUAUCUUGUCACUGCUGUCGGGGCAGUGCACGAUUGUAUGUUACUCUGAAGCACACAAAAAAAAAAAGAUUAAGGAGAGAGCGCAGGUAACUUGUUUUUCUUUGGUUUUUACUAUAUUUUGGGGCUGAUGUGUACUGUAGUCUUUCCUGCGGCCAGUAGUGAUGGGAGUGAGCGCAGGACUUAUCGUUCUGCAUUUAUAUAAUUAAUUGGACCUGGAAAUGUUUUGAAAUGUUAGUUAAAAUGCUGCCAAGUGCUCUUAGUUGGAUGCUUGAAGAACGUGAACCAGUGUUGUUAGGUCUUCUGUUUUUGCUGUCUUGUCAACUUAUUUCAGAUGACCCCACCUGUCAACCUGAGGCGUGUUAAUUCCUGCGGGAAAAUUGAGGUAGCAAAAGCAAAUUGAUAUUUAUUGGUAUUAUUUUGCAACAUCUAUAGCAUGCGCCAUUCUAGAACAUUCACAUUUUUGUUCUUCAGCUAAUCCAGUGUUGCUUUGGUUGGUGGUUGUGCUUAGGAUCACUAUCCAGGUGAAUUUCUUUCUAAGCUUCCAAGGCUUUUGUGCACUUAUACAGAUAUUUAUUUUUUAAUUUCACUCACUCCUUCUUUCCUUUUGAAAAAUAUUUUAAAAAAUAUGAAGCCUAUCAUCGAUGGUGGGAACUUGUACAGCUUGUAUGUGCUCACCACGUGAGUCCACACUCUACAUAUCUAGCCAAGUAGAUGACAAAACAGCAUUCCUGUAAUGUCGGUCACCAGGAGAAGAGCUUGAGCUGCAGUGAUUUUUACAAAUCUUCUUAAGAAAUUGAAAAAGUAACAUGUAAUACUAAUUAUAAUGAGAACAAUAUUAUAAAGAUGAUGUAGAAGAUAAACAACAGCAGUAACUACUUAAAGGGAAACGAGAGUGCCAGGAAAACAAACUCGUUUCCUGGCACUAUGGCUUCUCCUCCAUCUUCCAUCUCCAUCAACCCCCCCUUCCCUCCCCCCGUGGUGCAGAAAGGGGUUAAAACUCCUUCUGUCACUUACCUAGGCCCAGCGCCAAAGCCCCUUCAACCCUCCCCCCCCCACCGACACCAGUCUGCGGGGGACACCUAAUGUGCAUGCUGGAUGUCCCCAUGCAUAGCGACUAACAGCCUGGAAAGUCACCUAACAGCCUGGAAAUCCCUCUAGUGGCUGUCUGGUAGACAGCCUCUAGAAGUGGCUGUCUGGUAGACAGCCUCUAGAAGUGGAGUUAACCCUAGCAGGUAAUUAUUGCAUUUCUUCUUGUGCGAAUAUGCCAGGUAGACUAUUUCAACUUACCUCUUGAUAGAAUUUUUUAGCUCCACAUCACCUUCCAUUGGGUUAAACGAGGAGAAGCAGUUGUGCGGACUUCACCCAAGUUUACCAAACUGUUGCCCAGAAAUCACUGUAAAAGUCCAAUGCGUGCACCAUUGCCUAAUGUAUCAAAAGGGCACAUGCACAGUGUGAUGCAUGCAUGUGAACUCAGAAUUUGUACAGACCGCAAGGAUACAAGUAAGUAGAACAAAAUAAAUAAAGUUAUUGCAAAAAAGUAUUUUUUAUUAUAGCACAUAAAAAGGAUAUGAUCACUUCCCAAAAAUGUUUUUCGUACAAACUUUCAUGAAUCGAAUCCAUACAUAAAACAGGUAAGUACUAAACAAAAUAGUCAUGUCUACUCAGGAAAAUCGAUAUCCAAGAAAAAAGUAAAGGUCAAAAGUAAAAAUAACAAGAAAAAAAGGGGGGGAAAGUGUACAAAGUGUAAAAAUAGCUUGUAAAAUAGACAAUGUAUGUGGCUCUGGGGUGGUUCUCAGUAUACUAGUAUUGCGACAAAAUGCAAAAUAAAAAUAAGAAAAACUAAAUUUAAAAAGCAAAAAAGACAAAAGGCUUAGCACAUGAGAAAAAGUGAAACGAAUGAAAAAAAGCUUGAAAAGGAGAAAAAAGACAAAGAAAAUCUAAAAAAGAAUAUACAAAGGUGACACGAGGAAUGCCUUGACUUAAAGGAUUAUUCAUGCACCAGUUGCUAGACUCUUUAGUGAGCACCACUGACUCCUGAGUGACAUCGUAUACUCUUUUUACAAGUAAGUAGGCUUGCCUUGCAGUGAAGCCAUAGCAUUUGACACCAUCACAAAGUUUGUUUUGUAGUCUUGAUGGGAUCUUUUAAUUACCGAUGACACUUAGAAUCCAAAUACCUCCAUGCUAACUUUUCCAUUCUAAGCCAUCAGAAAUGUUUUUGUUGGAGGUGAUAUCCGUGAUGGAAAACAUUUUAGCGAUACGUCUGCUUCUAACCACUGAUCUAUAAUUUGUAUUGUAGUAGUUGGCUUCUAACCACUGAUCUAUAUUUUGCAUUGUGGUAGUUGGGUUGCUCAGAAAAAAUUGCCCUAGCAGAAGUGUUUAUUUUUUUCAGGUUAGCAUCGUAGUAACCAUAUAUCCUUCUGAAUAAUUUGUGAGAAGGUGAUAUCAUAUUGUUUCAUCAUUUUGUAUUGUUUAGGAGCCCCCUAUCAAUGAUGUCCAUCAUGUAUAUCCUACGGCCGAUGUUCCAGACCAUGUUCAUUACACAAUUGGCGCUGUCAUACUCGCAGUAGGGAUUACAGGAGCCGUUGGAAACUUUCUGGUCAUCUAUGCUUUCUGCAGGUAUAUCCAUGGGUUACAAUCACAACUCAGAUGUUUCUAUAUCACCACCUUAUCCCUGUCCUACAAUUUACUAUAAUCUUUACACAUUCUAUAUGCUUAAAUUGAUUGUAUAUCACUGUCCUUGUUCUAUUUUUCUUAUUAAAUGACAUACAUAUUAAUUUUAAAUUCAAGAUUAAUUUACCUAGGCAUGGCGGACUUCAUUGGCACAAAAAUGACAAAAUCAGUCUGUGUAAUCUUCAUUUUGAAAGUCAAUGUUAAUCACAUCAACUUUGGAAAAUUUACCAUGCUCCAAUCUUGUCAUGACCCAAAUCCUGACCCUCCCCCCAUCCACCCAACCACACAAAAAAAAUCAACAGACUGGAUCAACGUUAAUUUCUUGCUGGGCUCGGUAAAAAGGGUGCAGUGGCUAAACCCGUGCUGGAUAAUUAAAUGCUGCUGGGUUCUCAAAACUAAUCAGGAGUCAAUUCAAUUUGUGUGAUAUAAUUUGGCAGCUGUUUUAGACUGCUCGUUGCAAUUUCCGUCACGGUGUUCACAAAUCUGAAAUGAUGGAACAGAGCAUGUUUUAUCUCUUUGUUCUUUUAAAUUUCUAGGAGCAGAAGCCUUCGAUCACCAGCCAAUAUGUUCAUUAUCAAUCUUGCAAUAAGUGAUUUUUUUAUGUCAGUAACACAAGCCCCGGUGUUUUUUGCAACUAGUCUUCAUAAAAGAUGGAUCUUUGGAGAAAAAGGUACGUAAAUGAUAUAACUAUCUAGAGUGAACCACUUCUAUCCUAUGGACUGGAUUCUGAAGUUGGACGUAGCCAUUUGUUCUUGAACUUGAGACAGAGAGGGGUAUUCUUAUUAAACCUUACACACGUAUUAAGGGUUAAGACGUGUGUAGAGGAAAUUGUGCCUUUUAGCUGAACACAGCAAUGUGAAUUGUUAGUGUAGGACUCACCAAUGAGGUUUCAACUUGACAUGGCAGGUGAGCCUACAAUUUAAUGACCAAUAGAGUGAUACUAAAAAUCUCCUGUUAUUUAGAUAUGCUUUCUCAAUUCCUCUGUUGGUAGGGUUGUCACCUUGCUGGUAUAAUACCGGCACAGCCGGUGUUUCAAGCUGUCUGGCCAGUGCUGAUAUUGCAAAAAUACUUGCAAUGCAAAGGCCAGUAUUUUUUUCUGAGUAGACUCUGGGGGAGUGGUGAGAGACAUGCAGCUAGAAUAACCACCUCUGUUAUACAUGGCAUUGCUAUAUACACACAAUGACACACACUCAGACACAGUAUACAUACAGUGACAUACACUGAUAUACAUACACACAAAGACAAAUACUAAACACACACACCGAGACAAAGUAUACAUAUACUGACAUACUGACACACUGACACAAACACACUGCUAUACACACACUCAGACACAGUAUGUACACACUACUGUACACACUCAAUCGGACAGGAUACACACAAUGACACAAUACUAAACGUACACACUCAGACACAGUAAACAUAUACUGACAUACUGACACAAACACACUGCUAUACACACACUCAGGCCCGGACUGGCCAUCGGCCACACCGGGCAAAUGCCCGGUGGGCCUCGGUGGCCGUGGGCCUCGGCUGGCAGGGGAGGUCCCAGGAUCUCUCCUGCCGGUCUUUGCAGGCCUGACACUAUCCGAGCGCCGGCCCUGCAGUAGUCCACGGCGGGCCGGUGGGGAGAUCAAAGAUCUCCCUCACUGGCCCACAUACUGUAUACUGCGGCCGCCGGCGGGGAGAAAGGGAGGGAGCCAGCCUGCCAGGAGAGGAACCUGGCGGAACUCUAACUUACAGCUCCGCCGGGUCCUCUCGCGAGAUUCGGAGCGUUGCCAUGGCAAUGCUCCGAAUCUCGCGAGAGUGAACUCUAGCCUUACAGGCUAGAGUUCACUCACCACUAAGACCACCAGGGAUGGAUGGUGGCAGGAGUAGCAGGAUCCCCCUCCCAGGCAUAAGGUAAGCAGGGAGGUGGGAUAAAAUCACCUAACUCACAUCAGCCUCACAGACACCCCUGUCCCUCACAGCACCCUCACUCACAAAAACACACACACUGCACCCCUGUCACUCACAGCACCCUCACUCACACACUCACUACACUGCACUCCUAACACUCACAGCACGCACACACACCCUCACUCACACACUCACUGCACCCCUGACACUCACAGCACCCUCACUCACACACACUCACACACACUCACUGCACCCCUGACACAGCACCCUCACUCACACACACACACUGUACCCCUGACACUCACAGCACCCUCACUCACACACUCACUGCACCCCUGACACAGCACCCUCACUCACACACACUCACACACUCACCCCUGACACAGCCCCCUCACACACACACACACACACACACUGUACCCCUGACACUCACAGCACCCUCACUCACACACACACUGCACCCUGACACUCACAGCACCCUCACUCACACACACACACACACACACUGCACCCUCCUCACACACACCCUGACACUCACAGCACCCUCACUCACACACACACACUGUACCCCUGACACUCACAGCACCCUCACUCACACACACACACUGUACCCCUGACACUCACAGCACCAUCACUCACACACACACACUGUACCCCUGACACUCACAGCACCCUCACUCACACACACUGCACCCCUGACACACACAGCUUCCUCACACACACACUGCACCCCUGACACACACAGCUUCCUCACACACAUACACUGCACCCCUGACACACACAGCUUCCACACACGCACAUAGCACCCUCACGCAAAUACAGCACCCACUCACAUACAGCACACACACACAGCACCCUUACCCACAUAGCACCCUCACGCAAACAGCACCUAUCACUCACACACACACACUACACACCUCACACACAUACACUGCACCCGUCUUGCACACACACUACACCCCUUACACACACACAGUACCCUCACGCAAACAGCACCUAUCACUCACACACACACACACUACACACCUCACACACAUACACUGCACCCGUCUUGCACACACACUACACCCCUUACACACACACAGUACCCUCACACACCCUGCACAGUAUGCUUUCCUAGCAUUUUUGUCUCCUGUUAUCCCAACUAUGGAGAAACCAGAGACAAAUUUCAAGCAAACACAGUGCAAGCAUGUUAUUGAAUUUGCUUGCGCUGUGCAGAACAAAUACAGGGUCUUUUUCUCAUGCCAGAGCUCUUAAGCAGAGCUCUGCGCAUGGUCUACCCUGGAAGAGCAUUGAACCAAUAUUCUCUGGCCCCGCCCCCUUUUUAGUGGGCCGCUGUAAUUAAAAAAUGCCCGGGCAAAAUUUUCUUCCCAGUCCGGCCCUGCACACACUUAGACACUGUAUGUACACACUAAUGUACACACUCAAUCAGACAGGAUACACACAAUGACACAAUACUAAACAUACACACUCAGACACAGUAUACAUACAUUGACACACAGGCACAAACACAUAGUAUACACACUGCUACACACACACACAAUGACACUCAGAAACAGUAUACACACACUAACGUAUUUCUCUUUCUCUAAUGUCACUCCCUGUGAUGUUAACUAACAUCUGAUGAUGUCCUGUGAUGUCACACAUAUAUAAUUAAUUAAGCAAAUUAGCAUUGCUGGUAUUUUUUUCAAGAAGGGUGGCAUGUUUAUGUAUUACUAAGAAAAGUGAAAUAGAAAAGGUUAGAAUGCCUUAUUUAAUUAGUUGUUUACAUUGAGUUGGAUGUAAUAAUGUUAUAUAAAGUGUAGAUAGUCUGAAUUAUCCCUCUUUGGAUGAUGGUACUCAUGUUAUUCAUCUCAGAUGAAUGAAAGUCAGUGCUGAGAUUCUGAGAACAGAUAUUAAGCCGAAUAAGAAUGAAUAAAAGAAGGAAAAACCUAUUCACCAGUGGCUGGGUAUUAUAGCCAUUGCAUGCUUAGUAAUAUUAAAGGGCAACUGUCACCUCUUCAGAUAUUUCAUAUCUGUUAUAUUGUUAUAUGGUUAAGAAAUAUGUAUUUGUGAAAUGUGAAAAAUGCAAUAAAAUGUAGAAAUCCACGUCUUGUUAUCCUGUAACUGGGCGCCUCCGUCUUAGCUCCCUGUCAGUCAGCAUAGAGAAAGCAUUCAGAGAAGAUAAUACUGGUUUUAUCUCUCUUCCUUUUUUGCACUUUGUGACCUCACUGCCUGGAGUGAACUGGGCUGUGAUGUCAUUUGAUAACUUUGUAACACACAAAUGGCACGUCACAUGUAAAAAAGAUUUUGGUGAUUCACAUUUUCUUUUCAGUAUUGUAAUUUCCAGACAGUGACAGUCACUCCUUUAAUUCUGUUUGAAAUUGUAAUUGAGUUGGUUUGAGUGGACACAAGACGUGAAGAGUCUCAUAGUCCUGGGUCAUGCUGGAAUAGCUAAACUGCAAAGCCAAGUUUCAUGACAAGUUGGAUCUAGUGACAUCUGCAACCUGUAGAUUGAGAACUAGUUAUCUCCAAGACACAGAGGUGCCUGGGUGGGAUCUAUAUUGGUUUAGUUAACGACCCCUGUUAAGAACACCUGUACUGUGAUCAAAAAAAGGAAGUCCUGGGGGCAGGGCCUGACUGCCAUGCUGGGCAGACGUGUCUCGUAAGAGCUCCAGAACAUUAAGCACUAAACUGAGGAUUUCUGCCCAAAACCCGACAAGAAAACUAGUCAAAAAGGCAGCUCACCUUUUUAAGCAGUACCAGAGCUCAAAACAAGUGGACACACCGGACCAUAAUCGGGGAAAAGCCCCGGAGAACAGGAUGAUUGACCUGCGGCCUGGUGAACCCUGGGGAAGCGGCCGACCUCAAAUUGGGGAUCUCCCAGACAGCAGCGGAAAACACAGCACCAAGCCUUGUAACCCCUCCCCCCCCCAAUGGACCGGUGAGGGAUAUCCUGGUCCAAGAGACAAACCAGCGGAGACCAUCAAACUGGCCUCCAUAAGCGGGAAACACGACGACAGCACCAAUAUGGCAGACGCCAUGUGUGCAACACCUACCAGCACCCAAACUUUUCAAGCAACCUCACUUGAUAGAAUUUUUGAGGACUUCUGGGGAAAACUCACCCAAGUGCUGCAGACACCCUCCUUGUACAAGCCGAGCGAUAGCUUCACACACAAGCUGCCCCAAAGUCCUCGGCUCCCUCCAGCAACCGGGGUCUCAAGCCGGUGGCACCUUUACAAACACCCUCCUGCCACGAAAAACAAGAAAGCCCCAGAGGGAAUACCGACACUCAAGCGCAAAGGAGGACGGAUAAAAGCACCAGGAUAUCGACCACAGACAGCCCGAGCAUACACCAACAUACCUGCAUGAAGAGUAGCCACCAGACGGCAAGCAACAGUGCACACCACUACUGUGACAUAUCCUCGCUACUUCUCCACAAGCACAAGGACACUGCGACAGCACGGAAAGCACCUGAAGGAUCACCCAGCGAGCUACGGUCCAAACAACACUCUGGUCCAGACCAUGUCAGCGGGAGGCACACUCUCAUCGAGGUACCAAGAGGAACUCUGACUACACCAAGAGGCUUACGUCACCGAUCCGUUGUAAGCCGGGACAGCCAGCAGCGCUUACCCUGGUCACGGGACUCUAUCCGCCCCUUUGAGGGCAUAGGCUUAGCAGGGGUCCACUGGUCAUACCCUGACCCUCGGAGGAGAUACCAUGCAAAUCUCACACAUGAAGGACGCUAUCCUGCCAUUUCUACAUUGUUAGAUUUUUCUUAUUUAGUUCUCUCAACUUAACUUUCUUAAGGGUAGCAGGUACAAGUCUAUUUUAUUCAUGUUACACACCGUGUUUUCUAGUGCAUACGCUCUCUCACCUAGCAUCUACACACACGAGCUGAUGGAUAGGAUGUUACACCAUAAGUAAAGUUGUAAACCAUGUUAUAUGAGCAGCACUUUUUUCAUAUGUCUAAAUCUAGCUGCCAAAUCAAUAACCAAGGCAGUGCCUCACACUGAUGCCAGUCAGCACACUGCGGUAUCACGUUAAAUAUAAUUAACCACUGUUCUCCGACCCGCUCAUGCAUAGAUUAGUCUCACCUAACUCACUGCCACUGAGCUGAUCUUGUGAAAUAAAAUAAAGUCCUAGCCUGAGUACUACUCCCAAGACGCUAAGCCAGUCUAUCAAGCAUACUACUCAACAUGUCUAGCAUACCAAGUUUAUUAAUCACUUUAUCCUUUUACUGCGGGAACCUUCUUGCAGACGUGUGCAAAUAGCCUGUUUAACUCUACUUGUUUUAAAAAAAAAAAAAAUGUGCUUUCACUUUAAUGCCAUAUACGUGAAACUUUGUGUUUUCAAUGUACUUGCAUAUGCCAUUGUUGCUUUGUAAGAAUUUUUGUUACCUCGUGCACAACGAAAAAAAAAGAAUUAAAAAAAAAAAGGAAGUCCUAUUUUUAUCCUUCAUCAAGUUUCGACUGAUGUUUGGUUGGGCGGCUAUAUCACAGAUCACUUUGCGGGAAAAGGACAGAGACUUUGGCGGGGAUACUCUGGUCAAGUUGAAAGUUUAGGAGCUCCACCACAAUCUCAGCCAUGGAAGCAGGGCCAUCCACCGCUAUAUCGACACGCUGAGGUUAAAAGCUUUAUUUCUGCACUCUGAGGGGGGGCCAGGGACUCUAAUAUGCAGUCCAAAACUAUAGUGUUAGGUAUACGUUUGUAUUACUAACACUAUAGUGUUCCUUUAACUUACCUUUUAUCAGUAGAAUACCGUAAUCCAAAAACCAUCAAUUGAUGUCAUACUAUUAAAAUUCUAAAUUGUAAUUUUACUUUGAAUUCUCUACCAGUCACAAUUUAGUGACCAACACUGCUAACUUGUGAAUAUGGCCUAUCCAGGAUUUUCUUCUCAAUACUCAUUGCUUCAAGAACAGCUUAGCACUCUGGACAGUAACAUUCAGACAUUAUUUCAUUCAUACAUUGCAAAAAAAAAAAAAUUAUAUUCUUGAAUAUGUCAUUCGUUGCAUGUUCUUACUCUCUUGUACAUCCUUGGAAUGAAAGACAUCACAAUACAAUUUCCUCUGUAAAAAUGAUUUAAAUAAGUUAUUUAUCGUUGGAAUAAUUAUAUGAUAAAAAAAAAAAUACAAAAAAAUACAGUGAAUGUUUACCAAUGUCUGAGUAUGUAUAAUUUGAAGAAAACAUAAUUAUAUGAGCUCUUUAUCAGUAAAUAAGUACAUGAUACAACAAAUGCAUUUGUUUUAAAUUAUGUUUCUACUGAAUUAAAUGAAAAACAAUUUAGAAAAAACAAACUUUGUUGUGUAAAAACACUUGAAUGAUCCUUUGUUUGACUGCUGUUGCUUGCCCACAGCACUUAAUUCAAAUUUUAUUAUCUUUCAAGCGGGCGCGAUGAGCCGAGAUUAUUAAACGUGUUUUCAAUUCCAACUGUAGAACAAACAUCCCCAAAACAUUGCAAUUGACCUUUGCUACCUUUAGCUAAAAAACUAAAUCAUGCGUAUUGGUAAAUGGGUAUGGGUAAGUGAAUGGGUAUUUUUACGCUCUGUUUAGGGUUUUUAAAAAUACCCCUCUCUGUCUUACGAGAGAUUUUGCAUUUUACCAUACCAAGUAGCAACUAGCAAGGUGAAUUGUUAGUGUAGGACUCACCAAAGAGGUUUUACCUUGACGUGGCAGGUGAGCUUACACUUUAAUGGCCAUUGGAGCGAUACUAAAAAAUGUGCAUAUACAUUUGGGAUAGCGUGCUAGUAACCUUUUUUGGUUUUUAUUCUAUAUAUUGGGGCUGAUAAAUACUAUAGUCAUUGCUACCAGGAGCGGUGGGAGUUUAGGCGCAGGGCUUAAUUUUGUGUGUUUCAGUUCCAGCUGUGUUUUGUUUUUUUGUUAGGUUGUGAGUUGUACGCUUUCUGCGGUGCACUUUUCGGAAUUACGUCUAUGAUUACAUUGAUGGUGAUUGCACUGGAUCGGUAUUUCGUAAUCACACGACCGCUUGCCUCCAUCGGAGUAAUGUCUAAGAAGAAAGCAGUGCUAAUCCUUUUAAGUGUGUGGCUGUAUUCUUUGGCAUGGAGCCUACCUCCCUUCUUUGGUUGGAGUAAGUUGGAUUCCUUUUUGAUAGAUGGGAUGAAUUAAGAAUGAGACAGUGCUCCUGCAGUUUCAGAUACGACACGAGAAACAAAAGAUUAUUGGCUUGCAAGUAACGUUUAGAUAUUUUUAAGUACAAAGCCGAGAGCUCCGGCUUCCUUCGCAACAUUUAAAUACCUUGAACACUUUGCCGGAAUCGCAUUAGCAAUUGAACAAAAAAAGAUAAGCUGAUUAAAUUAAAAGCAUGUCAAAAUACAUAAUAAACUGUUAUGAAACUGCAGAAGUGCCAGUCAGUGGUGACUUUGUAAGGUAGCUAAGAUUACAAAACAAGAAAUGCAGUAAGCUGUGAAAAUGCACUGCAAUAUAUAUAUAUAUAAGAAUAAAGUAAAACCUAUGUUUGUGAGAACUAAAAGUUAAUUUACUGAAGACUGAGCUAGGGUCAGAAAUCAUAAUUAAUGGAUUUUUAAAAUGUAGGUCAAAAUAAUUGAGUCGUAAAAAUUCUGCACAGUUGAAAGAAACAGGAAUAAAUAGCAGGUAAGAUAACAUAAAAAUCCCCAAAAUGCGUCAGGUAAAAUUCUUCAUACUACGUCACUGAUGGUCUAAAGCCCCGACUACCAUGUAGAUUGGCACCAAUAGUUUUGUGCAUUAUUUUUUGGUCACCCAACUGCUAGGUCAUUUUAAAAUUAAAUUGAUAAAAUAAGUGGUCAUCACAGAACUAAAGAAAUAUCCGGUACAAUGUGCAUGGAGUUUUUUUAUGCACAUGUUGUACCAAAUAUUUCUUUAGUAGUGAUAUUGAGUUAAUAAAACUGUUUUAUUUAUUUUGAAUUGUGGUGCCCCCUAGUGUUUUUAAUUCGUAAUUGUCUUCAUUUCUUUAUUCUAACAUAACUUACCUAAUACACUUUAAAGGACCACUAUAGUGCCAGGAAAACAUAUUCGUUUUCCUGGCACUAUAGUGCCCUGAGGGUGCCCCCACCCUCAGGGACCCCCUCCCGCCCGGCUCUGGAAGGGGGAAAGGGUUAAAAACUUACCUUUUUCCAGCGCUGGGCGGGGAGCUCUCUCCUCCUCCUCCUCCGUUCCUCCUCCUGGGCUGAAUGCGCACGCGCGGCAAGAGCUGCGCGCGCAUUCAGCCCGUCGCAUAGGAAAGCAUUCUCAAUGCUUUCCUAUGGACGCUUGCGUGCUCUCACUGUGAUUUUCACAGUGAGAAGCACGCAAGCGCCUCUAGUGGCUGUCAAUGAGACAGCCACUAGAGGAAACAGGGGGAAGGCUUAACCCAUUCAUAAACAUAGCAGUUUCUCUGAAACUGCUAUGUUUAUGAAAGAAUGGGUUAACCCUAGAUGGACCUGGCACCCAGACCACUUCAUUAAGCUGAAGUGGUCUGGGUGCCUAGAGUGGUCCUUUAAUCACAUCAACAAUAACAUUCAACGGCAGUGUUUGAACAACAUUAUGCAUGUAAUAUCAUGCUUCAUAGUCAAUUCUGUAGCAAGAAAUAAGAUAAAGCGUUUGUUCUGUAUACUUUAAAUGUGUGGAGGAUUGACAUGAUAAUUGCAAAAUGUAGGCCAAUAAAUCAGAGGUUUUACUAAACAUUGAAUUUGGAUAUUCACUCAGGCAAUGCAAAUUUAAUGCCAAAAUAACAGAUCUAGAAACAAUUUAUCUAUUUUUGCCUAAAGAGUGCAGAUACCUGGUCAAUCCUGAUAAUUCGUAGUUUAGCGAAUAAGCCUUUAAAUAAGUUGGGGAAAAAAAUGCUGAAUUUGUGAUUUAUUUAUUUUUUUAAUUUCAGAUAUUGUAGGCGAAAACUUCUAAUUGAAUUACUAAUUCAUCGCAGUUUUUAGUUUAAAGAAUAAGCAACAGUGUUUUUAUAACUCCGAUUGUAAUGGUGUUGAGUGCAUACAAGCACAAUUCCUCUUUUGUUGUGUAUUCACAUAGAAAAAAUAUAAUACAGCGUCCAGAUGUUUUAAAAACCUAUCUUACACAAUUUAGAUUUUUAUAAACAUCGCACAUUCGAAAAUACAUGUAUUAAAAUAAUUAUGAAUCGACUUGGUAGUAAAAUAAUAUGAUUUUAGUUGUUCGGCCACUGGUACCAUCUUACAUUUUAUAGAUCAUCAAUAUAUCUGUAUGUUUUAUUAUGUCACCCACAUGCCUUCUCAAUACCAGUUUAUACAUGUGGUUAAGAACUCAAAUAAGAGGGAUGUGAGUUAUUUGUAUGUAUUCGUGUUACUUAACAUUUUGUUAGCAACCCACAUCCUAUUUUAACAUCGGUAGGUUCUGAUGGAUUUUAUAAAAAUCCAUGUUUAUUAUGUUUUUGUGAUAUCUCCAGUGUCACAAGGGAUUGAAAUGCUUCCAACAAUGUAUAAACCUCAUAGAAUACCUUGAAAUGUAUAUAUAGAGAGCACCAGUCAAUGCUACACUAACCAUAAUGUUUGCAGGUGCGUAUAUCCCUGAAGGUCUAAUGACGUCCUGUACUUGGGAUUACAUGACCUUCACUCCUUCUGUGAGAGCCUACACAAUGCUUCUGUUCUGUUUCGUCUUCUUCAUACCUCUAUUUAUUAUUAUAUAUUGCUACGUCUUCAUUUUCAAGGCCAUCAAGAAUACCAACAGGUAAUUUAAUUCAGACAGACCUACAGGUUACCACUACGAUUCCCAUUGUGUGUGCUUGCAAUGAGUUUAACAUUGUAAUUAAAUACGCUAAUAAUGUAUAAAUAAGACUACAUUCCAAUCUACGAGCAAUAGACGGGUAAAGAUGGCUUUUAGAAAUGUGACUUUUAAAAGGAUGCGAUUGUGUUAUACGGUGUGAUAAGUAUAUUUGUUUGCUUUUUUAAUCUUUAGUAUUUAUUUAGUGUUUUUUCGAAAUACAACAUGAAAUAUAUGCAUUAAAAAGUACAAAUAAUACAGUUAAAACAUUAAACAGAGAUCUUACUUCAGUAUUCGUGGUUAUAUAUUGUAGUAAUCUCAUUAUGAGACCUGGACAUAGAUGACAAACACAUAUAUAUACAUUAACAAUAUGACCAGGGCCAGAUUAAGAGCCCAGUGGACCUGGUGCUGACAAUUUUAUGGGCCUAUUUACAGAAUCGUAUCGACCAAAAAUACUAAAACAAUCAUACCUCCCAAGCGUCAUAUCUGACGAAGAUGGUGUUGGAGGGAAACUCAAAGGAUGCAGCUAUACGAAAACACAUAUUCUAUCAAUUACUCUCUAAUUUAUGCUUUCGUCUUUCAAGUAAAUUCAUACCCCCUAACAGCAGUGUCUAGUGAAGCAGGAAGUCAAUGGGCGGGGUAAAAGAGUGUGCCACUGGCGCGAAUCACGUGACCAGACCUGACAAAAGGGGUGAAGAUGCCCAAAAAGGGGGCAUGUUUGUCCAAAGAAUUGGAAGGCCGGCCUGGCCUGAAUGCAUGUCAGGCUGCUUGCCAAUCACGCAGGCUGUCCAACUAAGGGCAUACUAGGCAGACAGCACCUUAAGCUUGACAUAAAUGCAUCAAAUGAUGCACCUACUCCACGCUUUCUAAGGACUGUCCCCUAGCACUCACAUGUACACUUGUCUCCUUAUCAUUUUACUAGCAGGCAGAAGUUCCUGGUGUAUAGUCUAGGACAGAGAAAAGGUGUAUGUAGUGAGUGUAGAAAAAAGGGGACAUGCCACAGUGUUAGAGAGACAAAAGUCUGCAUUAUCUAAACUAAGUUUGUCAGCCAGUCCACACAAGUUUUGUUACCAUGCUUCCAAACUUAAAGGGAUACUAUAGUCACCAGAACAACUACAGCUUAUUGUAUUUGUUCUGGUAAGUAGAAUCAUUCCCUCCAGGCUUUUUGCAGUAAACACUGUCUUGUCAGAGAAAAUAACUCUGAUGGCCACUCCUUAGAUGGCUGCUAGAGGUGCUUCCUGGGGCAGUACUGCCUAGUGUAUAGCACUGCCAUUAUUCAGUGAGAUACAAUGAAUCAAUUUAUCUUCAUGAAGAGAUGCUGAUUGGCCAGGGUUAUGUUUGACUUGUGAUGGCUCUGCCCCUGAUCUGCCUAGUUGACAGUCUCAGCCAAUCCUAUGGGGAAGCAUUGUAAUUUGCUCAGACUACCACUUCUGAUGAUGUCAGUAGACAGAGUCAGUUCAGAGGCAGACAGGGACAGAGCCAGCAGCUGCAGACUUCAAUACAAGUAAGAUUUUACUAUAUUUAGGGAGGCAAGAGGGGACCAGGGGGGCUAAAUGGUGGUUUUAACAUAAUAAGGUCAGAAAUACAUAAUUGUGUUCCUGACCCUAUAGUGUUCUUUUAAGCAAGAGUAUGUGAAGAGUAGUUAGGGUUGCCACCUUUCUUGGAAAAAAAUACCAGCCUUAUUCAUUUGUAUAAUUAAUUAGUUAUGCUUGACAUCACAUGAUGUAAAACACAAGGAGUGACAUAAGAGAAAAUUAUGUAAAAUCACCAACAAACUACUUACAGUUUGAUUCUGCUGUAUAGAUGGAUUGCUCCCAGUGUCUCAGUCUCGCAAGUCACCCAGUCUCUCAGUGUCCCUAUGAAUCACAGUAUCAGUGUCCCCAUGUCGCCCAGUCCCCUAGUCUCCCAGUGUCUCAGUGUUCUUAUUUCUCCCAGUGUCCCCAUGUCUCAGUGUGUCCCCAUCUCACUAGGAUACUGGUGGACACAGUGAGACAUGGGGACACUGAAAGACCCGGGGACACUGAGCCACUUGGGGACACAUGGGGCACUGAGACACUUGGGGACAUGGAGACACUGAGUCACUAGGGACACUGAGGCAUGGGGACACAGAGACUGUGAGACUAGGGGAAACUGGGAGCCAUGGGGACACUGAGACAUAGGGACACAGAGACUGGGAGACUAGGGGACACUUGGAGACAUGGGGACACUGUGUCCCUAGUGUAUCUGUGUCCCCAUUUCUCCCAAUGUCCCCUAGUGUUUCAGUGUCCCCAUGUUUUCCAGUGUCUCCAAGUGGCACUGGCCGGUGCAGGUAUUGCAGAGUAAUCUCCGUUUAUACUGAGAAAAAUACCUGCAUUUGUAUUGCCGGUAUUACUGCAAUACUGCAGCCUCAAAUACCGUCUGUGCCAUUAAAAUACCAGUCAGGUGGCAAACCUAAGAGUAGGGUGUAUAAAAACAAAAACAAAUAAAAAAAUUUUUUUUUUAUUUUUUUUUAAUGGGCCUAUUCCAUUGGCCUGGGCCUGGAGCUGCAGCUCCAUCAGCCCCUAUGUUAAUCCGGCCCUGAAUAUGACAGCUGUACACGGCAGCAUAAGACUUCAAACAAAAGGUGUACAUGGAGAGUUAUUCAUUUGUGAGUUGGAUUCAUUUUUUGUAAUAGAUGAACAGCAAGAUUUUUGUACUUGUUAAAAACCUACUAAUAGUUGGAGUUAUUAAUCUUCUCCAUAAUUUAUUUCCAGAUAUUAUACUUCAGUAGUUUUAAUGGGUUAUUUCUACUUAAAUAUAAUUCCAUUUGCAUUAGUAAAGAUAUUGUGUUUCUAUCUCCUUCCAUUCUGGAGUGGUGGGCGUUUUCCAGUAUCGGGCUACUGUUAGUUUAGUAUAAUUUAGCUUUAUCUUCGAUGUCUGAGGCCAAUGGAUGUUUAAAAGAUAGGAUUCAGGGAGAAACGCGUGUGGUAAGUAUGUUUGCAUUGAUGUUAUUAGUAAUGACAGUAACACUGUUCUAUUGCAAUUCUAGUACUAUAAGAUAAUGGAAAUAUUUUACAUUUUUUUGUAGAAAACUAUUUUCCAGUCAAUUUUCUACAAUUCCCAAUUUUGUGAAUAAACCAAGCAGUUAUCUUUUAGUACUGUUUUAUAAUGUAAGAAUUCGUAUUGCGUUCCUUUAUCAAAUACGUCCAAAUAAUCCCAUCAACAAGCAGAAAGACACUUUUUAACUAAACUAUGCUGUUUCUCGUAUUACAGGGCUGUUCAGAAAAUUGGUUCUGACAACAAUAAGGAAUCUCAUAAGCAGUAUCAGAAAAUGCAAAAUGAAUGGAAAAUGGCAAAAAUUGCUCUUGUUGUCAUCCUUCUCUAUGUUAUUUCAUGGUCCCCCUACUCUACGGUUGCCCUGGUGGCUUUUGCUGGGUAAUUUCAUUUUAAGUGAUAUAUUUAUAUUAAACAAAAUCUGUCAUUGACCAUAUUCUUUUUACAAAAAAUAAUCAUCGGCCAUAUGUUUUUUUAAAACUAAAUUUGAGAAAAAAUAAGUUCUAAACAAGAUGCAAGUAAAAACAUAGAAAACUGUUGGUGGAUUAUCUUGAAUUAUUUAAUUUUAUGAACCAUUUGCAUCUCACUAAAAGCUAUAUUGGAGCUGCUCUUAAAUGUUGAUAUUGUCGCUGGUUUGGACAAUUUUGCAAUACACACAAGUAGUAUCUGUCAGCUUCAAACAUAUUUGGAAAUGUUUAUUUUUAUUUUUUAGUCAUAUUUUUAUUGCACAUUCUGUUUAAUUUAGAAUUUCUUAUCUCCUGCUCUGUUAAUAGCUUGCUAGACCCUGCAGGAGCCUCCUGUAAGUGAUUAAAGUUCCAGUUACAGAGCAGGAGAUAAAAACUAAAGUAAGUUUUAACGUGAAACCAAUCGUAUAAUGCAGGCUGUGUCAGUCACAGCCAGGGGAGGUGUGGCUAGGGCUGCAUAAACAGAAACAAAAAUGAAUUAACUCCUAAAUGACAGUGAAUUGAGCAGUGAUACUCCAGGAGCAUGAUCUAUACUGCUUCAUUAAGCUAAAGUUGUUUUGGUGACUAUAGAAUCCUUUAAGGAUUUUUGUAAACAUAUAUUACUAAAAUGGGAUUUUUUUAAAAUUAUUAUGAGAAAGAAACAUUAGGAAAAUGUAUCCCAAUUUAAGUACAAAACAAAUGUUUUACACUUGUGUUUUAAUAGAGCAGGUCAUAAGAUAAACUAUAAAUCUUUUAAUAACAUUUGAUUUAAAUCUGACAUUUCCUUUCGGUUUGUAAUUCGUUAUCUGUGGAUUAAUCUCCGUCACACAAAAACAUCUUUCACCAAUUGAAAUUAGUUUUCUACCAGGCCAAUAAAACAGCCAGCACAAUUGACAUAAAAAUCUGAAAUGUUGAUGAAGGCCAAAUAUAAUUGGUUUCCAGUUUUACUGCUGUAAUACAUGUUCGGUUGCACGGGCAUAUUUAGCCUGUCUGUUACUUCACUAGAACGCACAUUCCAUGUUAAAAAAGGAAUGCUGCAUGGAUGUUGGGCAGGAAUGAAAGAAUUUUAAGUAUCCAGUUGAAUAGAGAAUAAUUGCUCUGGUUAUCCCCCCAUUGGCUGAACAUAUUCUAAUUUAGAUCACUAACAUGCAGAUUCAAACAUGUUUAAUUUACAUGGGGUCCAGUAUGGCUAAAGAUUACGUGAAAAAGUCUAUCUACAUAUUGUAAUUAACUACGAAAGAUCAACAUGCUUAUGGAAAACGCAGGAUGAUUUGCAGAUGGUAUUUAGGAGGUGAAGCUCGUUGACCUAUAUUCAUUUAUAAAUGAUCUGCUUCGUAAUCCUUUUUCUUGCAGAUACUCAAGUUUCCUUACUCCAUAUAUGAACUCUGUUCCGGCUGUGAUUGCAAAGGCGUCUGCUAUUCAUAAUCCUAUAAUCUAUGCCAUUACUCAUCCUAAAUACAGGUAUGUUUAACUAUUAUUUUUUUAAGUGGUUUCUCCUAGUGUGAUGUACACAGUGUAAUAACAGCAUAUUCAAGACGGUCAGGAGAAACAGCUAAGGUUGUUGAGCAGUGAAAUAGUUCCAGGUUUCAGAUCCGAUAGUUGGGCAACAAGGUUUUCGGAUACUAAGAAUAUCAGCAGAAAUAGUUUGCCACACAGCUCCGUCCUUUGGUUGUUUAUAGUAUCCGCCAUGGGAAAGACACCAUCCGUAGCCCCUCACAAUGGAGUGGCAGUACGCAUGUCGAGGAAUCAUGCAAAAGGCACGUGGUAUGCCCUUGUUUUAUUGGCGUGGAGUUUGCAUUAAAAAGUUGCUCAAUGGCAUCACUGCAUGCUACAGAAAUACUGGAUAUUAAUCCAAGAUGGUGCCAAGUGGGUGCGAGACUGGUGCACACUCACACUCAAUGCUAAGACGACAAGUUAAUGUUUAGAUCCCUGGCAGGAAUUCUUCGCCUUAGACAGCACUCCAGACAUUGAUCACUAUCUCUAUGUCAGUUCAAAUGUAAGAAUCCCUUUGACAGGAAAUGGCCAAGAAGAAUGCUAUCAGUAAUUUCAGUGAAGCUAUUUAAAUAACGGAAACUGAAUUUUACUCUAUAAAAGCCUCAUCCAGUGGUCCGUCACUGCCUCAUUGUGGUUUAUUGCCCUGCAUUGUAUUUAAAGUGUUCUCAAAGUCUUUCUUGUCCUUGACCCAGCUCGAACUCAUUAUUCCUGCAUUCUGUAUUCCCUAGAAAUAUUGUUUGUGUAUACUUCUGGAUUCCCCCCCGACGUUGGCUUUCCAAUUGAUUAUUGUGAAUACUUGCUUCACUGAAGCCUGUCAUGUGUUGAGUUUGACCAUACAAAGGAUAAGUAAUAAUUAAUAGAUAUCUUAUUGGUAAAAUACACUCUGUCUAUGUAGAACGUGUAAACAAUCAAUAUAUACAAGAAGUAUUGGAAUGUCGCAUCCUGGAUGAAUCCAGGCCUGUGCUUGUAGUUUGCCUGCAAUAACUCCCAUGGCCAUUUUGGAUGGAUCCAUACAUAGUUACAUAGUUACAUAGCUGAAAAGAGACUUGUGUCCAUCAAGUUCAGCCUUCCUCACAUAUGCUUUUGCUGUUGAUCCAAAAGAAGGCAAAAAAACCCAGUCUGAGCGCUUCCAAUUUUGCAACAAACUAGGAAAGAAUUCCUUCUUGACCCCAAAAUAGCAGUCAGAUAUCUCCUUGGAUCAAGCAGCUUUUACCCCACUAAUUAGAAAUUAUAUCCCUGUAUGUUAUGUUUUUGUAAGUAUUUAUCCAAUUGCAGUUUAAACAUCUGUAUGGACUCUGAUAAAACCACCUCUUCAGGCAGAGAAUUCCACAUCCUUAUUGCUCUUACUGUAAAAAAACCUUUUCUUUGCCAUUGUUUCAAUUGUACCUGCAAUACCUACUCUGGCCAUGCAUAAAUUACCAUUGUGGUGCACAGACCAGACCAAUUGUAGCCCACAGCUCCCAUAUUUAAGGAAAGCUAUAGUGCCAGGAAAACAAAAUAGUUUUCCUGGCACUAUAGCUUCCCCCUUUGUCAAGGCCCCCUCCCGCGGCGCUAAAGGGGUUAAUAACCCCUUCAGUCACUUAUCUGGGUCCAGUGACGAUGUCCCUCAGCACUGGCUCAGCUCUGCCCAUGCUCCUCCCCCGCCGACAUGUGAGACCUAAUGUGCAUGCGCGGCAAUGGCCGCGCUUGCAUUAGGAUCUCCCAAUAAGAAAGCAUUAUGCAAUGGCGUGAGGACGUCCAGCGUCGUUUAGAUGAUCCAAAGUUGUCUAAGAAGCCAGAAGUCUGGCAGACAGCCACUAGAGGAGGACUUAACCCUAGCAGGUAAUUAUUGCUUUUAUUUCUCUAAAGCAGGAAUAGAAAAUCUUUGGCACGCCAGAUGUUUUGGACUACAUCUCCCUGGAUGCUUUGCAGGCAUUAUGCCUUUACUGUAAUAGCAUUGUGGGAGAUGUAGUCAACGGCAUCUGGGGUGCAUUGUACAUGCAUAUGCCAGUUAGCGCUCCCCCUAGUGGAUAUUCAUAGCACAGUGUGUUUGGUAAAAAUUUUACAGGUUUAUUUACUAAAGUGAGAAUUUAAAAUGAAUUUCACAAUUCAGGUCAGAGUAGCCGAGCUAACUUACAUAAUGUUUCCACUUCAGCUAAUUUGAGUUUACAUUUGAAAUUCACUUUGAAUUCUCCCUUUAGUAAUGCACCUGUUACAGGCUUAUUCAAUAUUUGAUAAAACGAGAAUUGGAGUGAAAUUCAAGUGGGAGUCCAAAAUAGCCAUAUUAUUAUUAUUAUUAUUUUAUUAUUUCUAUUGCGCCAUCAGAUUCCAUAGCGCCGUACAAUGGGUACUGGGCACAUGGCUUGGAUAAUUUUAUAUAUCAGCCAUUUUUAAAAUUAACUUUGAAUUUUGGUGAACAAACCUGUUAAUAGGUUUUAGCAAUUCCCAGGAGAAGAUGGAGGUAACCAAUCCGAAUAUGUUUGUCUGCAUUGAGAUAGCCCCGUGGUGAAUAAGCCAUGCGUGGUAUAUAAAUAUAGAAACAUUGAUUUCCUUAUCAGGGCAUCUCUUACCAGCAGAAAAUGAAGCCUCGGGUUUGGUAUAUAAUUAAUAAAACGUGGGUUGUUUAAAUUACUAUAAAUAUUGUCUUAUGGAAUCUUAUACUGACAAAUCUACUACAUUCCCAAGUCAUAUUGUAAACCAACUAUUACAACAUAAUCUUAGCUUGAUGGGCAUAUCAAAACAAACCAUCCUUUAUAAAACACAGGAAAAUGUCAGGAAUACCCAAUUCACUAUUAGUCAGUUUUGGUGGAGAAUGACCAAGCUUAUAUAGUUUCUGAUUAUUUACAAUUCUGUGUAAGUAUCUGUCACAAACAAAUGAUGGGUGUUUUUUUUUUGUUUUUUUUAAAUAGGCCAUUUUAAAUCGUCCUCAUUUAAUGAAACUCUCCAGACACCAACAUAAUUCUAGUUUGGUUUUUAACCUAAAUAAAUAGUUUUUAUCCACACCACAGUUUGCAUAGUUUAUACAUAUUGUAUAUUACACACUAACCCCAGUCUAAAAUGAAUUAUGUAAUAUAAAAGAUACAAAAUGGCCAUUCUAUUAUAGGAAAAGAAUGCCGUUUUAAGGGUUCGGAAGACACCAGGGUAAACCAUAAGACAAUUGGCUUGUGGUUUAGAACUGUUUCUAAAACCCCAAGAUGGCUUUAUUUUCUCAUAAUACACAUUUUGCUGUUAUGUACCUUUAAAAUGAUAUGUUUUGCUUUUUCCUGUUUAGGCUUAGUCUGUAAGGGUUAUAGUUUGGGUUAUGUUUUUAGUGCUGGGAGUAGGGUUAGACCUAGGGGUAGUGUGUUGCUGUAUGGUAGAGGUUAAGGAUCCUUAAAUGUUAAAGUGGUGUAAGUGUUAGGGUAGUGUAAGUGUUAGCAGUGGUAAGCGGCAGGCCCGUCGCUACCGGGCAGGCAAACAAAGCAAUUGCUUGGGGUCCCAAGCUGGCCUGGGGCCCCAAGCAGGGCCGGUGCUUCCUAUAAGGCUGCAGCCGCCUGAGCGCUCUAUAGAGAGCCUCAGACGGCCAGGUACCGCGCGGUACAGGAGAUUCAGUUUCCUGUUCCCGGCCGGACUGACAGGAAGUGCACACUGAGCGCUCACUUCCUUUCAGUCUGGCCGGGAACAGGAAACUGAAUCUCUUGUACCGCGUGGUACCCGGCCGGACUGAGAGCCAGGAGGAAGAGGAGAUCGCCACGCUACAGGGAAGGGGAGGUGAGAAGAACAUGGGGGGGAGAGUAAAAAGAACAUACGGAGGGAGGGAGGAAGGGGGGGAGUAAAAGAACAUAGGGAGGGGGAGAGGGAGGUAAAAAAAUAUGGGGAGGGGGGGAGUAAAAAAACAUGGGGGGGAGUAAAAAAAAUGGGGGGAGUAAAAAGAACAUAGGGAGGGGCAGUGGCGGAUCCAGAGCCUGAUCUCGGGAGGGGCAGUUGUAGAUUAUUUAAAGAAAUAAUCCAGACACAAUAACCACUACAGCUCAGUGUAGUGGUUAUGGUGUCAAUAAUGCCGGGACCCCCUCACAGAGUAAGUAGUCAAACCAUUUAAGAACAGUUUGACAAUUUACCUGAGGUCUGCUGGGAAAUGGGGCUGUAGUAGGGCAUAGGAGCAGUGGUGUGUGUGAGUGGUGCAAUGUGUAAGGGGUGCAGUGUGUGUGUGUGAGGGGGACAGUGUGUGAGCAGUGUGUGUGUGUGUGAAGGUUGUAGUGUGUGAGUGAGGGCGGCAGUGUAUGUCAGGGAUGCAGUGUAUGUGUGUGACAGUAUGUGUGUGUAACAGUUGCAGUGUGUGUGUGUGUGUGUGUGUGUGAGUAUUGCAGUGUAUAUGUGAGUGUGGGCAAUGUGUGUGUAUGGGGCGGCAGUGUAUGGGGGCAUUGUGUGUGUAUGGGGGGUAGUGUAUGUGUGUAGAGUGUGUGUAUGGGGGGCAGUAUGUGUGUAAGGGGGGCAGUGUGUGUGUAUGGGGCAGGUGUGUGUAUAAAGGUGUGUGUGUAUGGGGGGCAGUGUGUGUGUGUAUAAAGGUAUGUGUGUAUGUAAAGGUAUAUGUAUGGGGGGCAGUAUAGCAAUGUGUGCAUGGGGCAGGUGUGUAUAAAGGUAUGUGUAUGGGGGGCAGUAUGUGUAUAAAGGUAUGUGUAUGGGGGGAGCAGUAUAGGGGCAAUGUGUGUGUAUGGGGGCAAUGUGUGUGUGUAUAGGGGCAGUAUGUGUGUAUGGGGCCCCAGGUAGAGGCCCUGGGGAGAUAGCUGUGAGCUGUUUUAUCAAGGCACAUGUAGGAGGUCGGAUAGAUGCAUGGGAUUGGUUGGAGAGUAUGCGGGUGGGAUUAUGUUCUGUGUAAAUUAGUGUGGGGGAGGUCUUACCUCAGUGCCACUUGGGAUUCGGGCCAGCAAACAGCUUCCUGUCCUCCUGCUCCUGUUUGCCUGGGCCUGUAGUUUCACAGCUUGAGGGAUGGAGGUUGAGGCUUGCUGGCUUCCCUUAGAGCUGCUGCAACGUGGAUGGUGGCCGACGACUCCUGAUUCAGGUGCUCUCCUCUCCUGGAUCCUCUCCCCUGGGGAUGGCUGCUGGUGUGGGUGCUCCCCCCGCGGCCUGGGUCCCUCUGGGGCCUUCCCUGUGGCCCUUUUCCCCCCCUCCCCUGGGUGGCUGCCGGGGUGGGUGCUCCCCCCCGCAGCCUGGCUUAAUUCAUCUGGGGCCUUCCCCGCAGCCUGGCUUAAUCCAUCUGGGGCCUUCCCUGUGGCCCCUGCUCCUGGGGGCCGCGAUGGUGCCGGCUAGCAUUCCUGCCCGCCAGCUCCGCUACCCCCCCUGAUGCUGCUCCUCAGGCCUGGCAGCCGAGGUAAGUAACCAGCAGAGAGAAGAGGGAGGGGAGGAGAUGAGGCCCCCCCCCCCGAAACGCCAACAGGGGGGGAGAAACCGGAGACAGACAAGGGGAGGGGAAAACUGAAAAAAGAGGGGGGUGCAGGGGAGAGAGACCCCUCCGGGCGCCAUCCUCACUGGCAGCGGAGGCCCUCAGGAGAGGUCCCUCCCACCCCAAACGGCAGUAAAGCAGUCCCCUCUCGACCCCGCAGGGCCCACUCACUGCCGGGGCCCUGUCCCAGGCUCCGCCAUCGGCCCUCCAUGCGGUGGUUCCAGAAGGCCUCCGGGCGGCCACACAAAGGCACAGGAUGUGCCGCUCGCCUCCUACAGCCUCCGGCUCGAAUCCCACCGCCGGAGGCCGCAGCCCAUGAUCCGUAUUAGCGGUAUUAGGCCGCGCAUCCUCCGCGGCAGUUGCAGGCCGCAUGUCUGGAGCCUCAGACAAUUGGUCGGGUGAAACCUCAGGCCCGGGCUCCACCUCCUCAACCAGGCCUGAGGAGCAGCAUCAGGGGGGGUAGCGGAGCUGGCGGGCAGGAAUGCUAGCCGGCACCAUCGCGGCCCCCAGGAGCAGGGGCCACAGGGAAGGCCCCAGAUGGAUUAAGCCAGGCUGCGGGGGGGAGCACCCACCCCGGCAGCCACCCAGGGGAGGGGGGGGAAAGGGCCACAGGGAAGGCCCCAGAGGGACCCAGGCCACGGGGGGAGCACCCACACCAGCAGCCAUCCCCAGUGGAGAGGAUCCAGGAGAGGAGAGCACCUGAAUCAGGAGUCGCCGGCCACCAUCCAUGUUGCAGCAGCUCUAAGGGAAGCCAGCAAGCCUCAACCUCCAUCCCUCAAGCUGUGAAACUACAGGCCCAGGCAAACAGGAGCAGGAGGACAGGAAGCUGUUUGCUGGCCCGAAUCCCAAGUGGCACUGAGGUAAGACCUCCCCCACACUAAUUUACACAGAACAUAAUCCCACCCACACACUCUCUCCCAACCAAUCCCAUGCAUCUAUCCCCACACUCCUACAUGUGCCCUUGUCCGCUUAGCUGCGAUAUCUCCCCAGGGCCUCUACCGCGUACCAGGGCCGCUUGAAGCAAUUUGGGGCCCCAAGCAAAAUUAACAUGGAGGCACCCCCAACCCUCCUCCCCCCACGCAUGCAAAGCCUACAGGAACCACAGCAUAGCCAUACAGUUUAAGUUGACCCACACUUUAUAUAAAUAAAAAACUGCUGUUGCAUAUACUGUGCAUAAAAUUGUAACAUUUUCAACAAUUGAACAUUUGCAAAAAACACCACUGUAGCAUAAAAUCAAAUAUACAUUAAAAAAGUGCAUAAUAACUAAAUCCAACAUACUUAAAACACACACACACACUAACAGACACACACACUAACAGACACACACACUCACAUUAACAUUUUUCAGUUCUCACAAACAUGUGCAAAUUAUCUAAAACUGUUCCCCGUGUCCUUCUUACUCCCCCCUCCCCCUCCCUGUGUCAUUCUUACUCCCCCCUCUCCCUCCCUGUGUCCUUCUUACUCUCCCUGGUCCUUCUUACUCCCCUCCCCAUGUCUUUCUUACUCCCCCCUCUCUGGUGGAUCCGGGGGGGGAGCAACGGGGCAAUUGCCCCCCCCCCUCGAGAAAUCCGACGGUCUCCCUCUCCUCUGCCAGCACAUGCAGGCGCCAGACCUGCAAUGUGACUGUGGACCGGAGGGGAGAUGAGAGAUCUCCCUUCCCGGUCCACAGGCACUGUGCUGAGAGCCGGCAGGGGAGGGAGAAGGAGGAGAGAGGACCCAGGAGCUCAGGCUGCAGCUCCUCCGGGUCCUCCUCUCACGAGAUUUGGAACGUUGCCGUGGUUACCACGGCAACGCUCCAAAUCUCGUGAGAGUGAACUCUAGCCCUGGAGCGCGGGCUAGAGUUCACUCUCCCCACUGGGACCACCAGGGAUUCCCCACCGGACCACCAGGGACUAAGAAGUGUCACCCCUCCCCCCAGUAAAGGUAAGAAGGGAGGGGGGACAUAGAAUAUUUAUACCGAAAUAUACCGUUCCAAUUGGGGGGAGCACCAGUUUCUGACAUGUGUCCUGUUUUCCUUCUGUGAGUGCUAUUCCGCCCCUGGGUUAUUCGGCCUCCUCUCCCCUUGUUUGGUUCUUGAAGCUGGGUUUUCUCGCCUGCGUCCAUAUCGUUGGGAUGCUCCAACUGGGGCUAGAAUUCCUGGGUAAGGAUGGUGGAGAGUUCAGGGGGCAUUCAGUCCGGUUAGGGGCAGCUCCAGACGCUGCCAGGCUGGGCGUGCUUGUGCCACUGGUUGAAAGGGCUUGAAUGGUGGGGGUCAGGGUGGUAGGUUUCUUGGGUUCACCCUGCCGGUCUGAAUGGAUUUCUCUCCGCGGUUACUGUGUCCUCCCCCUCCAGAAUAAGGAGGGUGGGAUGCUCAUAUGUCAUUGGGAUAGGAGGCGGGGGGCGAGUGGUUGGAUCUUACGCCUUCGGGAGCAGAAGUUCGGUGGUCUGGCGCCAGAUACAUGAGGGGGGUGUGGCUCCUCCUCAUCCGGGGUCAGCUGUCCCGUCUCCUAGGGGUGCCGGGGGUUUUGUCAUCUGUCUGGGUGGAAUGACCUGGGUUCAGUGGCUGUUUGGGAUUUGGGUGCUCUUACAUCUGGACAUGUUACGCAUUCUGUUUCUUCCCAGAGGUUCUCAGGGGCCGGGCUGAGGCUAUCACCCGUUCCUGUUGGCAGUGCACUCAACAAUGUGAGUGCCCUGGUGCGCUGCCGUCGUGAAUUGGACGAGAUGGGUUUCUAGGUUUGUCUUGGGGAAUUCCAGUUCGCCUUAGGGUUUGGCCGGAUGUGGCCUAGUUAUCUUGAGGAGAUGGGUGCGCUUGCUGGAGGUCGGAUGAGGCCUAUGUUAAUGGUGCACUGAGGAAGACUCCAGCUGGAGUUGAAACGCGGUUUCUGCUAGACCAAAGUAUUGUAUCUGGGACUUUUUCUUAUUUACUCUGCGGUGUUUUAUUUAGGCUUUGUGCCUAGUAUAUUUUACUAUUUAUACACUGCUUAUUGUCCCUGUUUUAAUUGUUUAUUUGUUCAAUAAAUUUUGGAUUCUGCACUUUGUAUCCUGUGCUGCUCCCCUCAAGGAUAUCGUUUUAGCCUUUUUAGGCACCCUCCUGCAUAUUAGAGCCUGGGACGGCUUUCAAUCCUGUGAGUUUUACUCUACAUAAGGGGUCUAUCAUUAUAUAUAUACAUUUUGCACUAUGUUAUGUUAUUUGUGUUUUUUAGAUUGAUCCCGACUUGUCAUUUCGUUUACUGGUGCAGUAUUUAUUCUAUGUUAAUCUAGCACGGCAAGAAGUGGUGGAACAGGCCAUGGCUGGUUGUGGUGGGGUCCCCCGCUGAUUUUAGGUGUAAAACAGCGGGGUUGUGGCGGGGGUAUGUCCUUGCCAAUUGAGUUUGAGGGGUUACGUUUAAGUAUAUGGAAUGAGAUGAACAAGUUUUUAAGGUCUCAACCUCCCCUGCUUCAAACGUUUAACAUUACGUUGCCUGAGGUGUCGUGCCCAUCGAGCGUGGAUAAGGUCGACUGAUGGCGGGCAUUGGAAAGAUAUGAUUUUUAUGACAAGGGGGGAGGUGAGAAGAAGUGGUGAUUAGGAACCACUGUAUGUUUAUUGGCAAGGACGGUUGGGUCACUGUAUAACACUAUGUGUGGAGUUAUAUAUGUAUAUAUGUUAAUUUAUGCUUAUUUAUGUCUAACAUUUUUGGUUACAGAAAAAGAAGAGAUUUAAUAAAUAAAGUUAUGGAUGUGUUAUGCAGUAAUUUAGAUUGUGAUAAUAAAUGCUGUGGCCUGUUUCAUCCAUACUAAGUGGUCUGUCGUUAUUGGAGGGUUGAAUGGUGUUAGUUUAUGUUUUAGGCUGCAUCACGAUUCCCCACUACGUACAUACAAGGCCCUGGGGAGAUAGCGCAGGUAAGCGGACAAGUGCACAUGUAGGAGUGUGGGGAUAGAUGCAUGGGAUUGUUUGGGAAAGGUGUGUGGGUGGGAUUAUGUUCUGUGUAAGUUAGUGUGGGGGAGGUCUUACCUCAGUGCCACUUGGGAUUCGGGCCAGCAAACAACUUCCCUCCCUCCCGCCCGUCCUAUUACUAUAUUUAGUCACAGCGAGCCGGGGGUAUGUCCUUGCCAACUGAGUUUGAGGGGUUACGUUUAAGUAUAUGGAAUGAGAUGAACAAGUUUUUAAGGUCUCAACCUCCUCUGCUUCAAACGUCUAACAUUAGGUUGCCUGAGGUGUCGUGCCCAUCGAGCGUGGAUAAGGUCGGCUGAUGGCGGGCAUUGGAAAGAUAUGAUUUUUAUGACGAGGGAGGUGAGAGGAAGUGGUGAUUAGGAACCACUGUAUGUUUAUUGGCAAGGACGGUUGGGUCACUGUAUAACACUAUGUGUGGAGUUAUAAAAAAUGUAUAUAUGUUAAUUUACGCUUAUUUAUGUCUAACGUUUUUGGUUACAGAAAAAGAAGAGAUUUAAUAAAUAAAGUUAUGGAUGUGUUAUGCAGUAAUUUAGUUUGUGAUAAUAAAUGCUGCGGCCUGUUUCAUCUAUACUAAGUGGUCUGUCGUUAUUGGGGGGUUGAAUGGGGUUAGUUUAUGUUCUAGGCUGCAUCGCGAUUCACCACUACGUACAUGCAUGUAGUGAAAGACCACACAAUUACUUAUUUGUAUGCCCUGUGUUAAUGACCUGGGAUAAUACAUAUCUAGUGUCACUAAAUUAAGCUUACAUACAUGUGACAAACUACCCUUGCCACUGGCGUUUGGAGGAGCCUGAUUGCCAGCCUCCUGCCCUAUGACUAUGGCCCUGGGGUGUAUUGCCAUUUAAAAAGUCUAUUUGGGCUUAUUGGAUUUGUAAAACACUUUUUCUGUCCCUUUAAUUCCAUGGGGAAAUGUGCCUCUUCCCCUCCCCCUUUUUCCUGUCCUAUUGUUCUCCAGCAGGGCGUUGUCCCAGGGACACUGCCAGACCAGUUGAAACUGGCUGCUUUGUCCCUCCUCAAUCUCUCAUCAGCCCUUGCUAUUGUUUAACCCCAUGGCGAUCCAACUGUAUUUGUGAGAUCUGAGCACUUUUCGGACAUAUUGAGCGCUCAGAUCCAAGGGGAUUGGGGCGCAAAUAUGAGGAGAGGGAUUGGGGCACUAUCUAUGAGGAGGGGAUUUGGGCACUCUCUAUGAUGUGGGGGAUUUGGGCACUCUCUAUGAUGUGGGGGAUUGGGGCACUAUAUAUGAGGAGGGGAUUUGGGCACUCUCUAUGAUGUGGGGGAUUGUGGCACUAUAUAUGAGGAGGGGAUUUGGGCACUCUCUAUGAUGUGGGGGAUUGGGGCACUCUCUAUAAUGAGGGGGAUUGGGGCACUCUAUAUGAGGAGGGGAAUUGUGACACUCUCUAUGGGGGAAUGGGACUUGGGUACUAUUUCUGGGGGGGUGGAAUGUAUACUAUCUAUGGGGGGAGAAUGGGGUGAGGAGGAAAAUUGAGUACUAGGAGGAGAAUGUAGUACUAUCUAUGGGGGAGAGGAGGUGAGUAGGUUACUUCUAUGGGGGGCAUUGGGUACUAUCUAUGGGGAAAGAGGAAAAACAUAUGCUAUUAACUAUAGGGGGAAGGGAAUGGGCUACUAACUACAGAGGGCAGAUACUAGGCUUCUACCUAUGGGAAAUAGGGGGGGGAGGGGACAGACUACAAACUAUGGGGCAGUAAUGGGCUAUUAGCUAUUGAAGAUGGGAAUGAGCUACAGACAAUGAGGGAUACAAAUUCACCACUUCAUUAAUGCAGACAGAGCCCACCAUACACAAAAACACCUUGACCCACUACACACGUAUGCACCUUUACUUUUAUCAAACCUCCAGACACGUCCCUGCAUACACACACAGACUCUCCACACACACACACGUGUCCCUACAUUCAAACACAUUGACUUGCUCCAUAUGUAUGCACCUGCAACCCUUUAAUGGACAAACAGAUUGUUAAAGAGAUCUGAAGGAUGUUGCUGUAAUUUGUGACUCCUCUAGAACAAACAGUGCAUGUAAACCCAUAGAUUACAACAUCAGACACCAUGCAGGUUGUGUAAUGGAGCUUUUUUUUGUCCGACAAUUGCCAGAUCAUGCUAAGUUUGAGUCAAACAGACCUCCUGUUUUGGGCAAAAAGACCUGUUCAUCGGUUUUGUGCGAUGCUAAUUCAGACAUUUAAUUCUUUGUUUGCUGAUCGUUUAUGAAGGAUCUUGGCAUCAUACAAGGGAACAAAAUGCCAAUGCCAACAGAAUGAGAGAUGAAAGUUUAGCUAUCAUGCAGAUAUAACGCCAAUUUAUUUUGUUUCUUUAGUUGGAUAACAACCCAUGACUUAAUCUUCUGAUCUAAAAAUAUUAAGCUUUUUAAAAAAACAAAAAAAAACAACUAAAAACAGACUGCAGAAAAUGAAUCUGAACAAAUUGUUAAAUAUUUGUCUAAUUUCUAUCUUAAGUAAAAAUAAUGAAUCUAACACUGUCACGCAGCCAGCAUGGUGCAGGAGUAUCAAAGCUCUACUGUCUCUUUAUUCAGUGAAAAUGAUAAAUUACUUACAGCAAGCAAAAAGUCCAAAAAUGGGCAGACAUUUGUGUAAUCGAAAUGUAAUUUUUAGUAAGACUACACCUUGAAUAUGCGGUGAUUCUGGGCAUCCAUUUUUAAAGAAGGAUAUCAUGGAACUGGAAAAGGUGCAGAGGGAGCCCAAAAAAUUUAUAUGGGGAAUGGAAAACAUGGCCAGUACAAACAGUUCUAUGGCAACCGUUCAUUAAAAUAACAUUAAAUUGUUUUUUUAAACUUGAAAUCGUUAAACCAUGCCAUUACCAGGACAGACUCCUUACAGCAGCUUGAUCCUCCUGCUGUGAUGUGAGAUUGUCAAGCCUUAUGAUCUGUGUCCAAUCAAAUGCUUUAUUGAGAAGUACUAUAGACAUAUGAUGCAUGCACAGCUAUUGUUGCAAUUCGUCAGUCUAUUGCUUCACAGAAAAGCAAUGUUUUAUAGACAAGCAUUGUAUGUACAUCCAGAACCCAAGAACAGCAUACGUUACAUGCCAAUGCUGGAUGUAAAAUCUAUUUUAGUCUGAAAGCCUCUAGAGCAGCGGUUCCCAAAGUGUGGGUCCCGACCCACUGGUGGGUCGCAGGGCGAUUCCCAGUGUGUCGCGCUGACCCACACAUCCAGGGCCGCCAGCUAGUCAGGCAGACUGAUUAGUUGGGCUCUCGGUCCGUGACCGCCGGCCCGACACCAGGAGGGGGCCCGGCGGCUUGCCCUUGCUCCCUCCUUUCAGUCUGCCCAGCAGCUCCGCCGGGUGCAGAGCUGCAGACCGUGUGAUAGAAGUCUCGCGAGCACCCAGAGCGUUAUCAUGGCAACACUCUGGGAGCUCGCAAGACUUUUAUUACAAGGUCUGCAGCUCGGCACCCGGCGCAGCUCAGACCAGAGCGUUAACCCACUGGACCACCAGGGAGACACUGGACCACCAGGGAUGUUUAAAGAAGGUAGGGCACAGAGCCCAAACAAUGCUCCCCCGCCCCAAUGUAACCCCUUCUCUGCCUGCCCCCUUCCCCCACUGUAACCCCUUCUCUGCCUAUCCCCUACCCCCCACUGUAACCCCUUCUCUGCCUACCCCCACUGUAACCCCUUCUCUCCUUCCCUCUCCCCACUGUAGCCUUCUAUGCCUACCCACUGUACCCUUCUCUCCUACCCCAUUUGGCCCUUCUCUGCCUGCCCUCCCUGUAACUCCUUCUCUCCUGCCCUCUCCCACCUGUAACCUUUUCUCCCCUGCCCCGUUAAGGCUUUUUCUCCUGCCCCCCACACUGUAACCCUUUCUCCCCUGCCUGCCUACUGUAACCCUUUCUCCCCUGCCCCCACUAAUCCUUUCUCCCCUUCCCACCCACUGUAACCCUUUCUCCCCCUGCCUGUCUACUGUAACCCUUUCUCCCCCUGCCUGCCCACUGUAACCCUUUCUCCCCCUGCCCACCCACUGUAACCCUUUCUCACACUCCCUCCCACACUGUCACCCUCACCUCCUGUCUCUGCGUGUCCUUUUGUGUCAGUGUGUGUCUGUGUUUAUCUGUGUACAUGAGUGUCUGUGUAUCAGUGUGUGGAAAACUAAGUGUCAUUGUGUGUAUCACUGUGUCAAUGUGUGUAUUUGUGUGCCUGUGUGUGUGUGUAUACAGCGCACACAUUCUCCAUACAAAAAAAAAUGCUUACAUUGAAACACACAUUGUGUAUAUGUAUAUUUUAUAAACACAAUAUACACACACUGCAUCCACUACACACACACACACACUGCAAUCAAACGCAAACAUUACAUACAAACACACCCCUGCAUUAAAACACUAAAAUGAUCUACAAACACCCCUUAAUUCAAACACCAACACUACACACAAAAAGCACACCUGCAUUUAAAGUCCUACACUACAUACAAACACUCAUGCAUUCAGACGCAAACAUUACAAACAAGUACACCACUACAUUCCAAUGGCAACAGUACAAAUACACCCAUACAUGCACGCAUAUACUUAAUACAAAAACUUGCUUACAUUCAAACACUGCUCACAAAUAUAACCCUGCAAUGAUGUGCAAAUGGUAGAUCUCCAUCUGGCAUAGCAUUGUUGAUGUUCUCUGACAGAUGGAGAUCUACCUUUUGGCCACACAUUCACUAGAUGGGGGCCCAGAAAACAUUCUUGCACCAGGGUCCUCUCAACAUUAGUUCUACCACUGGGAUAAUCAAUGUGAGGUGCCUGGAUGAAAGAGCAGGACACAGCACUUCUGAUUCUGAGUCUGUGAGUAAGCGGUUGUAUGUCUCUAAAACUGAUUUCCAUAAUGUGCAAAGUUUCUGCCUCUAAAACUGCCAUGAUAUCCCCAAAUUAUGCCUCUAAAACUGCCAUGUUAUGCCAAUUUAAUGCAUCUAAAGCUGAUUGCCAUGGUGUGCCAAUUGUAUGCGUCUAAAGCGGAUUGCCAUGGUGUGCCAAUUUUAUGCAUCUAACUGCCAUGGUGUGCCAAUUGUAUGCCUCUGAAGCUGAUUGCCAUGAUGUGCCAAGUUUAUGCAUCUAAAGCUGAUUGCCAUGGUGUGCCAAGUUUAUGUAUUUAAAGCUGCCAUGAUGUUCCAAUUGUAUGCCUCUAAAACUGAUUGCCAUGAUGUACCAAUUUUAUGCAUCUAAAGCGGAUUGCCAUGGUGUGCCAAUUGUAUGCAUCUAAAGCGGAUUUCCAUGGUGUGCCAAUUGUAUGCAUCUAAAGCGGUUUGCCAUGGUGUGCCAAUUGUAUGCCUCUGAAGCUGAUUGCCAUGAUGUGCCAAGUUUAUGCAUCUAAAGCUGAUUGCCAUGGUGUGCCAAGUUUAUGUAUUUAAAGCUGCCAUGAUGUUCCAAUUGUAUGCCUCUAAAACUGAUUGCCAUGAUGUACCAAUUUUAUGCAUCUAAAGUGGAUUGCCAUGGUGUGCCAAUUGUAUGCAUCUAAAGCGGAUUGCCAUGGUGUGCCAAUUGUAUGCGUCUAAAGCGGAUUGCCAUGGUGUGCCAAUUGUAUGCAUCUAAAGCGGAUUUCCAUGGUGUGGCAAUUGUAUGCAUCUAAAGCGGAUUGCCAUGGUGUGCCAAUUGUAUGCCUCUGAAGCUGAUUGCCAUGGUGUUCACUUUUUAAAAUACGCAUUAAAAGCAAGUGGGUCUCGAAAAAUUACCGUUUUGAAAAGUGGGUCUCGGCCCAUAAAAGUUUGGGAAGCCCUGCUCUAGAGGCAUGAGAAUUGUGAAAUGUAAAUAGUGUAGUUCCAUGCCCUCUGCGUGUCUCUCUCCAAAGCUCCGGUCAGUCUCUUUUGCCCUUUCCUCAGCUCCUCUGUGUCUCUUUGUGUUCCCCUAGCACCUCUGGGUGUCUCUGCCCCACACCCCUGUCUCAUUCUUUCACCAUGUUUCUUAUUCCCCAAGCCCCAUCAUGUGUCUUAAUCCCCGAGUCCCCCAUGUGUCUCAGUCACCCAGCCCCCAUGUGUCUCAAUCCCGCAGACCACCAUGUCACUCAAUCCCCCAAACCCCCAUGAGUCUCAUUUCAUCUCUUCCCUCCCCUGUGUAUCUUACCCGCCAGUGUUAAUUUUGGUGGCAAAUUUCAAUUUAGUUUUAGUCGUAUUUUAGUUAUCUGAAUUGUUUUAGUCUAGUUUUAGUCGACUAAGUCUCCAAAAUUGUUAGUUGACCAAAUUAACACUGACCUGGACAGCAAUGAAAUGCUGAGGCUGCUGGUUAAUUCACCCCAUUAACUCUCAGCAACUCAUCACAAUUAUGUCAAUUUACACUAUACUAAUUUUUAAAUUUAUAUAUUUAGCCUUUCCAUUACAUGAAUAGCUCCAUUAAAUUUAAAGCUGCAUUCGGUAAUGGAGCUUCCCACCAUCCCACACCAUUAAGCACCUUGUCUGUCUUUGUACAGACCUGCCCCCUUUUUGGGCAUGUUCGCCCCUUUUGGCAGUUCUGGUCACGUGAUUUGUGUGAGUGGCCCACCCUUUUACCCCACCCAUUGACUUCCUGCUUCACUGGACGCUGCUGUUAGGGGGUAUGGAUUCACUUCAAAGUUGAAAGCAUAAAUUAGAGAGCGAUUAGCAUAGACUAUGUGUUUUUUUUCUUAUAGCUGCAUCCUUUGAGUUUCCCUCCAACACCAUCUCUAUCAGAUACAUGACGCUUGGGAGGUAUAACUGUUUUAGUGUUUUUGGUCGAUAAGAGCAAUAUGGAGCACCUUACAAGGGAGUGGGGAAGGGUGGGGCAGUGUACAGUAACUUGUAAUGGAUCACCUUACAAGGGGAUGGGGGGGCAAUGUACAGUAACUUGUAAUGGAGCACCUUACGAGGGGAUGGGGGGUACAGUAACUUGUAAUGGAGCACCUUACGAGGGGAUGGGGGGUACAGUAACUUGUAAUUUAGGUAGAGACCUACAAUGUAAAAUGUAACUCAUGGUUACACUAUCUUUGAAGGCAAUGAUGAUAUGAUAAAUUUAACCUUGAAAUAUUAAUAAUCAAUAGUCACUCAAUAUUUUGUAGGAUGGCACUUGCAAAGUACAUUCCUUGUCUGGGUUCUUUGCUGAGAGUGAAACGCAAAGAUUCAAGGAGUUACAGCAGCUAUGCUUCAUCUCGACGUUCAACAGUUACAAGUCAUUGCAGCCAGUCUUCGGAAGUCGGUGGCCAUCCUAAACUAAAGGGUCGUCUACCAUCAGUCUCCGACAGUGAAUCAGUAAGAGCAACAUUGUGUCAUGGCUUCUCUAAUGUUCCCAAAAGAAAAUCAUGUCAGAUGUAAUGACUGUAUUAUUCUUACAACCAGCUCUUCUGUUUCACGUAGCAGGAUUUGUGGUGUAUAGAAUUGAAGCUGGCAUUGAUUGUGUUGAACUGGGGAAUUAGACUUGCUCUUCUGGGUGCUAUAGCAGAUCCUGACGUUAGAUUAGUUAUACAUAAAAUGGAAGGUGAUCCUGACUCCUCUGAACACGCCAGGGGUGUUAUGUAACACAUGUUCACCUCAUGCUUGCCACCAUCAGCUUCAUCUGAUAACUUAUCAUUUUCACUGUUUUUCAGCAGUGGAUACAUUUUUACAUGGUCAGAGUAGUCUUGAAAGACAAAGGAUCCAAUGCCAUUGUUGCAUUGUUGAGAAGUGGACAAAGGCACUCACAGGACUUCAAACAAAAUAACUGCUUUAUUUUACGCAGGUAUGAACAACAACAACAACAGUCAAUGUUUGUUGUCAUUUGAAAAGUCCAGUGAGACGUUGGCUGUGUGCCGUUGCAAACCUGAUUAAAAUAAAGACUAGGAGAAAGCAAUUUUUGUGAAUAAAAAUCUAAAUUCAGACUAAAAUAGUGAACGAGCCACUAUAGCAGAGUUGGAUACGUUUUCGAAUUCAGCUAUUUGGUCCUAAAUUUUUUUUAAAUAAAAUUUUCUGCAAUUCUUAGUUUAACCAAUAAGCCUGUGAGGUCUUGUUACAGUUUAUAUUCCUUUUAUGUGAUUUCUAAGUUUAUGAUGUGUAUUUGUAAUGUCAAAUUAUGCUUAUAAUACACACACAUAUCGAUAUUUAUAUAAACACACACACACAUACGGUAUAUCUUCAAAGAAUCUUUUUGAGCUUUUUAAAGAAUGGUUGCAUUCUGCUCACACAUAAUCACAUUACUCACACUUAUUAACAAUCAGACACUUGCAUACACAUUGGUGCACACACAUGGUGACUUAUACAACCACACUGACACCAAUCAUCAAUGCCCAUACCCAGAGAUAUAUGCACUCACAUAUACUUAUUAACACACAUAGCCACUCCUACAAACACUGACACCCACACAGUGACCAAUGCAACUACACUGACACACAAUCUGUCACACACGCAGUCACUGGCACACACUCACAUAUACUCAUUAACAGGGACGUAUUAGCCGCAAGGCAAACAAGGCAUUUGCCUUGGGUGGCACUUUCCAGGGGGCGGCAAAAAAAGCCGCCCCCAAAUGCCCAGGCAAGUGUCUUGUUUGCCUUGCGGCUAAUACGUCCCUGUUAAUGAGUGUAUGUGAAAUUCGCAUCCAGCGUGCAGAACAUCCAUAGGAAAGCUUUGAGAAAUGCUUUCCUAUGGACUGUUUGAAUGCGCGUGCGGCUCUUGCCGCGCAUGCGCAAUCCGCUCCACUCGGGAGCUGACGUCGGCGGGGGAGGAGAGGUCUAAGGUAAGUUGCUGAAGGAGUUUUAACCCCUUCAGUGCCAAGGGAGGUGGACCCUGAGGGAGGGGGGGGGUACUAAGGAUGAACGGGUAUGUUUUACUGACACUAUAGUGAUCCUUUAAGUUAUUGAUGUGUUUAAUAAUUGUAGUAUAUACAAUUUGCUGUGUCUGCAUAUCUGUGUUCUGUCUAACAAAAAAAAAAUAUACAAAAGAAUAGUGUGCAAUUAAACACAGCCCCAUUCAUACUUAUAUUAUUAAAAUAAUCUCAUAAAUGAACCAUUAAUGCAAAACAUUUCGUGGAUCUUCUAAAAAUAUCUAAGGAAUUUAUCAUAAUCUAAAUAUCACAAACCCAUUUACUGCCAAUAAUUCCAAUGAAUCAUAUCCAAAAAGAGGAUCGCACAUGCUUCUAAAAAAAAAAUAGACCAAGUAUGCAGGAUGGGCAGAACCCAGAUACAAUACCUCAAAGGGAAUGUCUGUGCACCCCAAGUGGUUUUCAUGAGCAGAGUUCAUUGGUUAGAGCAACGUUUUGGCUCUGCAAUUGAGCCUCUAUCAAGCAAUAUAACUUACUGAUAAAUCUGCUCAUGAAAACCUAUUGGAGUGCAUAGGCAUUUCUUUUGAAAUUAUUCCACUGAAGUCAAAGUUGAAACUCGACUGAACUGAAGAGUUACACAUUGAUCUUGAUGACUGUGAUGUCAAGCCCCAUAGGUUGAUACCAAAUGGUUAAUGACAAAAAACAAACAAAAAAAUGGUACAUUUGCUGACUUUUCAAUUCCAUCAUGGGUUGAAAGCUAGAGAGUACCAUAUUUAAAAAAAACAACCUUGAAUUUUCUGUAUGGAUAUUGAAGUGUGGUUGUUCAAGGUAUUUAAAAACAAAUAUUUUGGAUAUUAUGCACGUUUGUUAGUGAUUUUGCUCUAUUCUACAUAUUGUGCUAUUUUGUGGUUAUAGUGCGUUUUAGCUUUUUACUUGAUUUAAGGAAGAAUUAUUUGUUAACACGUAACUUCCACACUGGUCUUCAAUAAAUGGGACAUGUUACUACUGCUUGUGUAAAACAGAGUAUUGGGAAGUUGUUAUAAAAGUGUCUUACAUAUUUAUCGAGUUUUUGGAAUUUGCUAGGUGUCUCAUGGUUCAAAGUGUUGAUAACUCUGCUUUGGAAAGACUGUGGAAGUUACAAUCUGAGUGUUAACAUAACAUAAGGCAUAUAGUCCAUUUUCAUUAAUCUGAUACUGAUAAAAGUGUUGGAGAAAUACAUCAAAAAAGUGUGAUUGCAAUUGCUUUGUGAUGGUUAACGGACCAUCGUCAGCCAUUACCAUGUCAAUAAACAUUGACCGUAAGACGAAAUGUACCAUUUAGUCCUAAUAUUUAACAUAUGGAAACUGUAAGUCAACAAAAUAGUAGACUUUUUAAGGAUUGCAUUGUAGAAUGCCAAUGUUUUAGUAAAUAUAGACUAAAUUCUCACUUUCACUAUUAAGUAUAAAAUAAAAUGUACUAGUCACAUUUAUUCUGAAAAUGUGCCUCCUCAGCUGCUACAAACCAUUCCAUUCCAUUCUCCGCUCCUAAUUUUCCCCUGCUGUUGACUCCCAUCCAUGUAAGAAAUAUGUCUCAUUCCCCCCCCCCACCCCUUACCCGAUAUCAUUUAGAAAUUCUCUUUAAUAUUCGUUUCAGGGCUGGACUGAUACUGAAGCUGAUAUCAGUAGUGUGAAUUCCAGACCAGCCAGUAGGCAGGUGUCCUAUGAAAUGGGCAAAGACACCAGUGAGACCAAUGACAUAAUAUCCAAAGCUAAGUUGAAAAGUCAUGAUUCUGGAAUUUUUGAGAAGGUAACUCUGCAUUUUUACGCAACUCAAACAGCUCUUGUAUUAUUUUCAUGGGAAACUUUAUAACUACACAGGAUUCCAGAUCACGAAAAACAUAGAUACCAGAACAACAAAAAACAUUUAGUAAGGGUCCUUCCAAUUACUUUUGGUGUAGCCCAUUUAUUCUAGAAAUAUAAGUUAGUAUAUUUAUUGGGUUUUUUUCUUCACCCAAGUUGUUUUAUUUUUUAAUUUUUUAAAUUCUUUAUUUUAGUUGUGCUUAGAAAUACAAGGAAAUUGACCAUCAGCAGUACAACAAACGUAGUGUAGAUCAUAGCAUGAAUUACCAGUGAACGAAAGGUUGUACAUUCACAGGUACAGCACCUUAGUAGUUAAAGUAUAAACAAAGUCUAAGCUAGGAUAUUUUGUCAAAUAUGGUGGAUAACUGCAUUAUAUACUUUGCACAUAACAGUUGAGAGAUACAUGUUAGUUAGGCAGCCUAUCUUGUUAGUGCAUUGAGCUUAGCUUUCUAGACUGAUAAACUGAAGAAUAAAAAUUAAAAAUAACCUUAAGAAAGGCGAAAAUUCACUAUCGUUAUCUGGCGAGUCUCUUAUGAACAGUAGGUAGGGAUUAGGUUGCACAGAUUGGGUCAUCGUUAUCUUCCAGUUGUCUUAUUUUAAUUGCGUUAGUUACCAUUUAUUUUCAUCACUUGAUUUGGGUGUUUGUACCUUGUAUUGUUAUAUUGCGUUCCUUUCAAAACUCAAUAUUAUGAUUGCGUCUUGAAGUUUGUACCUUCCCUUAUUAUUUUCCGUUCCUUUACAAAACCAUCAUUUGAUUGUGUCUGUAUGUCCGUACCUUUCGUAAUUAUUUUCUGCUCCUUUUUAAUGUAUUGUUUACAUUGGCCAUAAUCUUUGUACACUUAAUGGGGAAAUCUAUCCCUCUGUUUAAUAGACCCCGACAGUAAAGCAUUUUGCAUGUAAAUAUGUAAAGAAAAUGCAUUUGUAGCACAAUGCUUCUUUUGUCCUGAAUUAAUAUUGAAGCAGCAUUGUCCUGUGUUGGACUUUGUACUUUGUUUCAAAGACCAGCCUAAGUGACAUGUCUGCUUCUAUUAGGGCGUCCAAGGUGAGAGAAUGAACAAUGAAAUGUUUAUGCAUAGCUCCUCUAUCUCGGCUCCUACUUCCAACCUUCAGUUCCUGGCAGUUGAAACCAUCUUCAUGCAUAUACAAUAGCCAUAGGUUUAUGGAAGAUCCAGCAAGAAUUUACGACCUUCCAUAGAUCUUCUUGUAUGUUACCAUCUUUUGUCACUAGAGAUGGUUUUAGGAAGUGACCAGAUAUGGCAGCCGAAGUUUCCCUUUGCCUAAAAUCAUCUUGUCGUAAGAGAAAGUGAUGUUCCAAUACAGUCUAAUUUGCUUUUCAUUAUCAUUCUAUCUUAAUGAAAACUCAAAGUGGCAUUGCUGCUUUAAGUUACCUCUUAAGAGUCUCUUGUUAAAUUCUUUUUCAUUCCCAUGUGUUUUAGACCUCAAUGGAUGCUGAUGACAUUUCCCUGGUGGAGAUUGGUACAGCAGGCCGCAAUUCUCCAUUCACUGUAAGUUCAUACAAAGUAUAUAUUUUAUCAUAUAUCUAAAAAAAUAAAUAAAACUAUUACAAAUUAGUAACAAAAUAAAAACAGAAAAAUUGAGAAAGGUCUCAAAACAGCUCAGAGAGCCUUUACUACACUGUGAUUGAUUUGCAGAGGAACUAAAUCACAGUGCUUUGUCUGACAACUCUCUCUCAAAGUGUAUAAUGACAUUAGACCUGCUGACAUUUUAUAAAGGCCCAUUUAUAUUCUUGUGUCUAGUCAAGAGUACAGUGGUGGUCAAGUGAUGAACAUCUGGUAAGCAAGGCUGUAAGGAGUUGUAGGGAGACAAUAACAGCACUAAGUGCAGUAAUUGCCCCGCUGUCUUUUUGAAUAUACUUCCCAAGCUAUUUUUAUACCCAAUUUUUAGUAGUUCCUUUUUAAUUCACAAAAGCCCUGUAUGGACCUUAUCUGUACUCCAUAGUUAGCCCCUGGGCUAUUAUUGACUCUCUAGACCAGUAACAGGCAACCUCUGGCACUCCAAGUGUUGUGAACUACAUCUCCUAUGAUGCUUUUUCAGCAUUGUGGCUGUAAGAGGAUAGGUUGCCUACCCAUGAUAUAGGAGGUCUUUUAGGCAAUAUUCAUCAAAUGGGUGGUCUCCUUCCUCGGUCCUUGUGUACCACCACACUAUUGCCUGAGUAUUACAGAAAGAUUAAGGAGUUGGUCUGAGGGAAGCAGAAGAGUUAUAAAAUGGCUAAAAGUGAGAUGGGAGAGAGGGAGAUGUUUGAUGAAAGAAAAAAAAAACAAAUAACACUUAAAUGUACUAGGGAGAAAAUAGCUGGAGAGGAGAGAUUUCUGGUUGAAAAACAUCUUAUGGAGGGGACAAACAUCUAUGAAUAGAAAUAGAAAAAUAUAAAAAGAAUACAAAACAUCUGCCUUUGGCAUAUUAGUUAAAGCUCCCAGUAACAUGUUUGCUGUUAAUGGUAAUAGAGGGAUCAUAGCAAGGAUUCAUUUAGAUAAAACAUAUCAUUAUAACAUUCUCUCACUGUUAAUAAGGAAUCUGUGCUAUGUAUCUUGUGAAUUUCUGUUCAUUAGAUAAUUAACCUUCUAUGUGAUUUUGGUUCACAUUUAUGCUACUUUCUUCAGUUUGACAUUUUUACAUUUUCUAUUUGAAUGAUUAAGACAGGUAAAACUUUAAAUGGCCUCGGGCCUAGAAGAGGAGAGACAUUUUCUAGAGCAGCAGCAUCAAGGAUACCAAGCAUCGUUGUGACGUACAGCAACCACCAAGGAGGUCAAGCAGUGGUGGAACACAACUCGGCCUUGCCCUGUACGCUCAACAACCAAGAUCAGGAGAAAGAUACCAAAAAACACAAGGAUACAACGAAGCCAGAUGUAUCUAUCGCAACAAUCUCCUCUGAAGUGAUACCUGAAAAUAGCUCAGAUAUUUUCCUAAAGCAAUUAUCUCGAGAGAAAACAUCGUGAAAUGGAAAGGAGGUUAAGUUAGCAUUUCAUUUUUAAUUUGUCUUUCUUUUAACUGUGAUCAUUGGUUCCAUUUCAGUGUUAAAAACACAGUAAACGUUUUAUAGAGGUCGUAAAAAUCUGCUGUAUUAUUCUUUUCGAAAUCAGCGUGAUUGACAAAGCUGCACACCAUAAUGCCACGGAUAUUAAAAGCAAAUGGCCAUAUAAUUUUAGUGCAAAUACUGACAGCUGUUUGCGAGGCACAGUUGUAAAAUGCAGUGAAUCGUGGAUCUAAAUAUUACUUGUAUGUUUUGUUUAUUUUAAGCAUCAUAAGAUGGUUUCGGUGUAUUAAGUGGAAGCUCAACUGCAACACAGCAAGUUUUAAUUAAAUCUUUGCCUUGCCAUUCAGUAUAACGGGAAAAUGGGACUCUUCUCUACUGUAGAUACAGGCCACCAUUAUGUAGAGGAAAUAGGCCCCUUCAGUUAGGUGAAUAAAUGGAUUGAAAUGCUCUUAAAGAGUUGGCAGGGGAAAAAACGAGAUAAUACAAUAGAUUUCUAUUUAUUAAAUUGAGUUUCUUCAAAGAAUUUUUAAUUAUUAUUAUUGGUAUUAACAAAGCACCGACGUGUUAUGUAGUUUUAAACGGGCCAGUUAACUUGAUAAAACUCCUGACUUAUUGAAGCAUCCACCUUACAAAGGACCAGUCACUUUAUCAGUGAAAUAGUUUUAGAGAUAUUUGGUUUAAAUACUAUUUUGUCUGAGUGGAGUUUUGUUUAAUGGCAUACAGGUUAACACAUGUGACCAAUUACUCUUCCUUUCCUAAAUGCAUUUACUCCCUUUUACUCCUAGUCAUGCACAUUGAAAUAUUGUUUUAUAAAAAAUAAUAAUAAGAAGAAACCGUAAUAUACAUUCAUUUGCACUGUGUGUACCCGAUUUUCAGUUUCACAACUUUUCAAUAAACAGUGUCCGUGACAAUACAUAUUUUAGGAAGUUUCCAAGUAAAUCAAUGUAUGUAUGUUCUUAUAAUAAGCUCUAUAUUUGGUAUGUACAGUUCUGGUACACCGAAGCUCGUAAUUUGCUGUUUGAUCAAUUCCAUUUAUAUGAUCACCAAAGUUAUAACAAAAAUUAUAAAACAAAAGAAAAUAGCGUACCCAAUAAACACAGUUCCCCCUACAAGACCGGAAAAGGCCUUAUGGAGAUGAAGUUCCUCUCACUUAGACCUCCUCCCAUAGCCGUCAAUUUUUCCAUGAGGUAGUUAUCAGCUACAUUUGCCUUUACCUCCUCCACAGUGGGCGAUGUCGUCUGUAACCACCCAGCCACCAAAGUUCUACAAGUAAUUUUAUAGAACAAUUUCUGGGAGCGCACCAAAAAACCAUCUUUAAGUUUGGAUUUUAGAAAUGUCCAGGGAUACAUCCCAAACAGCCUGUGGAAUAUUUGUGAACAGACUCCAAAUGUUCUCCCAGAAAGGUGUAACCUGGGAUCAUCUCUACACAAAUAGACACUCUUCAUGCCACCUUUCAUAUGUCCUGCCAUAUUUCUCCAUCCUGCUUUCCUACCAAGUAAUAUAUUUAUAGUUUUUACAGACGUAGGUGUGUAUGGUGUGGCCACGUCAGACCACAAAAUGAGAAGUAGAAAGGCUUUUUAUGGCUAAACUUUAAGGAGGUAAAAUAGUUCAAACCUACUAAAUGUAAUAUCUCUAAAACAGUUACAUGGUUAAAUGCUGUUCAAAUCAAAUAUAUAAAUAAUGCAAAAUAUAAGAUGUUUCUCAUGGGACAUCUAAUGAACCCUAUAUUUUCACAGAUGUCUCAUUUAAUUUAAAAUUACAUAAAAUAAAUAUUAUAAAUAAAAAAUGUGAAUAUGUUGAAUGUAGUUUAAAUUCCUUUGCAUAAAAUCCUAAUACAUAUAAGGGUUUUAUAAAAGUGAGCACAUAUAUUUAGUUCACUUCACUAUUAAUAUUAAAGUUUUAAAAGAGUAUUGGCAGUUGUCAGCUUUGCAUUGGACCUUAAUAAUUAACUUACGAAACAAGCAAUAUUUUAGUAUAUGCCAAAGAAAAGUCUUCACGUAUCAGUCUCACUUUGGGCCGUAGUGCAUUAACUCAAUUUCAUGGCUUGCUUAUAGCAUCAUGUCGAAUAAUUGAUGUAGACUGUAUAGUGCCUUCUUUCUCGUGAUGAUAAAAUAUAAAUUGUCUAUGGAAUAAACCCAUUACUAAAUGCUGUAUGUUAGAAACCUGUGUAUGCAUUUUUAUGAAUGCAAUUAGAAAAUAUUUGGCAAAGUCUGUAUUCAAAUUCAGCUACCUAUAUAUAGAAUGUGUACAAAAAGUAAUUGUAUUUAUUGGGAUAAUUGUAUUGACUUUGAAUACCAAAAGCAGGUUAAUUGAUUAUUGCUAAAAACUUAAACUAAGGGCUUUUAAUAUUUUAAGCAUUUGAUUGUAUCAUUUAUCUUGUCUUAUAUUAAAUGGUAUUAACCACCAUCAAUUAAAAAAGUGACUUUUGGAAAAGAUUAGGGAUAAUUAUUCAUGUUUGUAGAGUACCAUCACAUACCUCGGUAUUGCCCAAAUAAUGGGCAAAUAAAAAAACUACAGAAAUUUUUUGUCUAAAGAAGUUUAGAAAUAGGGGAAGGCCAUGCUAAGCAUUAUUUUGCGGUUAAAGGGUCACUCUAACCCUUGUAAUGAAAAUGCAUUUUUAAACUACAAAUGCCUUAUGGGGCAUAACUAUUAGGUGAGCCUCGUCAAACCUUGGAAUCUUACUCGGAAUUCAGCAUCAGGCGAAGCUCCCGGUACCGAUCUUCCAUGCCCCAUCAGGACAUCACUCAGCACCCAUACAGUACAGAGACACCUGCGCAUAUGUGCAAUAUGUUUGUUCCUGCAGAACUACCCAAACUGCUAAAAACAAUAGUUUAUAUACAUUAUAGAAACGUGGAAAUGCAAUGGUUUUUUCAAGCCUGGAUCUUUGGAUUGUUAAAGCAGUCAUGAAACAAUUCCUGAAGCAAGGCAGGAAACACAGGGUCAUCAAUCGUCCAGAAAGUCAGGUAGUCAGAUUUGCAACUGAUAGGCCGAGUUUAGAGGUCAAAAGUAAGAAUAAAUGCAAAUAGGUUACUGGGUGAGUGAAAUUGUAUCUCUUCUGAAUAGAAAUUCACCCCUGGUCAGUAUAUCUUAGACUCUCCAGGCUUACAGUGGUGAGUAACUUUCAGGGCUGGGCUUGUAGCAUAGAACUUGAGAUUUUAAUACGAUAUAGGGUAUAAAACCUUUUCGCAUAGGAGUAGUGCAAACGGUAAUUUGAAUGAAAUAAUUAAAGUCUAGCAAGAAUUCUAAAUACAACAUAACUUUUCCAUUGGGAGGUAAUGUUGGUAGUAUAAGUAUAGCCAAAACUCUUCCAGGGUUAUUCAGUAAAGUGAUAAUUAUUGACAAUUCAAAGUGAAUUGAACAUUUAAGUCCAAAAGGGCUGAUUUGGAAACAUAACCGACUUGCAGAAUUCUUCUGAUAUUGGACUAACCUUUGAAAUUCACUCUGAAUUCACAAUUUAUGGUAAUUCGCACUUUAGUACAUAACACUAUUACUAAGCUGAGAAAGAACACAAUUUAAUAUAUUGGAACAACAAUUUUUAUUUUUUAUUAUUUUUAAAAAGAUAAUUUUUUUACCAAUGUUUUAAUUGAUUUGUGGAAAUGCAGCUGUCUGUGUGCUAUGGCAGAGCAUUAAGGAUCACGUAGACCACUUUCCACUUUCCUGUUAUUUCAAACAUGAUAUUUCUUCACAUUGGGGUACACUGUUUCUUUACGCAAUAGCAGAGCCACAGGAACAAUAGGCAAAUUAACUUGCUAGAAAAUGGAUUGUACCUGAGUAAUGAAGAGUUGGACAGUAACAUUAGCACCGAGUUGUACAAUAGUAUAAAACAGACCAGCUUCUAACAAAACCCAUGUCUCUCUUAAACAUGUAUGUUAAAGGGAUACAUUAUAGUCAUCAGAACAACCACAGCUCAUUGUAGUUGUUAUGGUGCGUAUAGACAGUCCCUGCAGGCAUUUUCAUGCAAACACUAUCUUAUUAGAGAAAAGGCGGUGUUUGCAUUACAGCCUAGGGACACUCCUCAGAUGGCCACUGGUGAUGCUUGCUGGAGCAGUGUUGUGCAGUGUGCAGCACUGCCGUUCAGCUGCUCAAUGCUCUGCCUACAUUGCAUCUCUAUGAGGAGAUGCUGAUUGGCCAUGAUGGGAUUUGACUCCGCCCCCCCCACCCCACCUCCUUGGCGAUCUCAGCCAAUCCAAUGCUUUCCUUACAGGAAAGCAUUGGAUUGGCUGAGAUUAUCAAUACUGAUGAUGUCAGCCAAAGUGGCAGAUUGGGGGCGGGUCCUGUGCCUAAAUGGUGGUUUUAACACUAUAGCAUCAGAAAUACAUAUUUGUGUUCCUGACCCAAUAGUGUUCUGGUGAAUGCAAACAACUAUAUGAUCUACAUAUAAAUAGCUUAGGUGCAAUUUUCACUGGGAGAAGGUAACUGGGAGGACCUUGUGCUAGUUAAAACAAAUGUAAACUGAUUAGUCACAGUUGCAAAACUGACCAUUCUAGUUACAAAGAAGACACAAUUUAUACAAUUUGUGGCAUGCUGUUAUAUUUGCAUAUAUCCCAUUUGUACCUAAAUGAAAUUUGAUGUCAUUUUUCAUGUAGCUAAAACUAUGUACUGAAGGAAUUAAAGAAGACCUUGUUGAAUUUAAGAGUUAUGAGACAUUCACAAAAUACCAAAACCUGAACUGUUUUUGCUUUUUGUACAAGUCGUUUUAAUCAUAAACCCUUACUGUUAUUUAUCUUUUGUGCUGACUUGAUUUAUUGGAAUCAUUUUCAAAAUA